GGGAAACUCCUGUUUAUUGAGACAGCCUCAAAGGACGCAUAUACAAAUAUAAGGACGCUACGAACUGGUGUCAAGGACAAAAAUAUGGAAAGUUGGACUGAGCAGCUGUGUUAUAUUUUCAAAAGUAAGUUUUGUUAUAAAAAGCUUGACUUCCUUGACAAGGUUGACAAACUCAUGGAUGAAACUUAAGGAAAACUCUUGCUGAGAUUGUGUUGGGAAAAAAACAGCCACCUUUUAAAAUUUUUCCAUUAUUUACAGCUUAGCAUCAUUUUAUUACUAAUUAUAAAUUAUUCAGUUAGGGCAAAAUAUGCUGAAACUCUCGGUCAUGUACGAUUUUUUUUUAAUCUUCUACUUUAAUCUUGAACAACUUAAAGGAAAAUAAGAAAAGAGUUUUUCUUUAAAAUGUAAGCUGUUGACCUGUAGUUGUUUUUUUUACCUAGUUUAGUUUUUAAAGUGGCAAUCUCAUUUGUGUCUUUUAAUGCACGAUAAUAGGAACUAAUGCUCUCUUGAAAGUGGAAUGAUUUUUCUUUUGAUUUAACCAUUGACAGGUGAUGGUUCUAAGGCUCUUGCAGAGUGUACCAGUUUAAAAAAACAUGGCAACCGUUGCUACAGGUCGGAAGAUUACCAAGGAGCCAUUGAGGCAUACACAAAGGGAAUUCAGAUCCUUGAGAUUUAUAUGGCAAAAAAUGAAGGUAAGAUGUGAUGUCUUUACUUGUUAGAUUUUAGACUCAGCCAUGGGUGGACAAGGAUGGGUACUUGUGGAUGACUGCUAGAGAGUUACACUGACAAACUGCGACAAGUAGAGAUUGAUGCUGUCAGCAAUUACUUAACUAUGGCAGCAAACAAGUAAACAAGUAGACAAUGAAAAAUACUAAAAGAUAAUACCAGUACACAACUCAUUAAACAGUUUCACCUAUGAGCAGACAUCAGCAAUCAUUGGCUAAUGACAUCAGCAAUCAGUGACUAAUGACAUCAGCAAUCAGUGACUAAUGACAUCAGCAAUCAGUGGCUAAUGACAUCAGUAAUCAGUGGCUAAUGACAUCAAUCAAUUGGCUUGUUGCAGCAAAAUAAAUCAUAUUAGAUUGUUUCUUUCUUUCUGUUUUUACUCUGGUGGUGGAAGGGGGUUGGGUGGUUGAGCCAAUCACUCUUUAUGGUCUAGGCUCCAAUGUGCUUGAAUGUGCCAUAUAACAUGUUACCCCCGUUUCUGGAGCUCGUGUGUUAUGGUGACAGUUUGGAUCCCAGUUGUGGUUAAGCCUAUAAAAGCAUGUCUUGUAGUCAUUUUUCUGUUUGUUUCUGAGUUACCAAGCUCUGGUGCAUGUGCUUCAGUGUGCACCAGGGAUCUGACUUUGUUUGGCCCGGACACCUCUGGCUUUACUGUUUUCUGCCCAUUGCCAGAACCAUUUGUAACAUGACCUUAAACUGUAAAGUAAAUAUGUUUGUUUGCAGGAAACAUCCAGAUAUGCACCUGGGACAAAGGUCUUGCCCAGCUCCAUGGCAACCGCUCAGAAUGUUGGUUCAAGUUGUCAGAAUGGAAUCAAUGCCUGGAAGAUGCCAAGAGAAAUGUUGACUAUCAUCCUGAGUGGUACAAGGUAAUAGGAUGAGGCUUUAUUAUAACUUGAGGCUUUAUAUAAUCUGAGACUUUAUAAAAAUGAACAAUGUCAUACUUCCUACAAACUGUAAACCUAAAGUAUUGUGGAGUGGUACAAGGUAAUAGGAUGAGGCUUUAUAUAUACUUGCUAUAUACAGUCUGGUGAUAGUUUUAAUGGACUGUGAAUUCUUGUACUUAAAUAGCCCUACUAUAUGCACUUGACGUGGCGUUACUUAUGACCUUUGCUAUUUUCCUGCUAGUUACAUGAAACACUAGCCCCUUUUUCAAUGAAAGGUGUUUUUCAAAUUUUAUUGUAUCAGCUUUUGCCUCUUAUUUUUAUCACUUGUUUUUCUUUAAUGUAUCAGAAGUCAACCAUUUUUUAAAAACAAAUUGUUUUGUCCACUAUUUUGUCCAAUAUUUUAUCAUUCCAUCAUUUCAUCAGCACAUCCAUUAUUUCAUCAGGAUAUCCAUUAAAUUAUCAGCUAAUCUAUUUUUUUCAUCAGCACAUCCAUUAAUUCAGCAGUAUAUCCAUUAUUUCAAAAGCAUAUCUAUUUCACCAGGGUCAUUUUCGUGUGGCUAGAGCUUACAGAAACCUGGGCAAGUUCAGGAAGUCGGUGUAUGCUUUUGUUCAAGCUUACAUGAGGCUGCCAUCAUCAGAAGCCGAGGAUCUGAACAAAAAAGUAUUAUACGAGUUGAUAGAAACGGCAUUUGUAAUAGGUAAUUCAGUGGGGUACACAAUGGCUUUUCCCCAUAACAGAUUUGUGUUAAAAACUCUUUCGCUGCAGAAUGUUUUAUUUAAUAAAAUAUUUUUUUCAAAGAGCAAAGAAGAGUGAGAGGUUAGAUCUAUUAAAAAACUAUUUAAAAUAUUAUUGUUUGGUUUAUGAGACUAAACUUGGUAUCAAAUGAAAGAUAACUGAAUGUUUGUACACUUAUUUCUUCAGUUUAAAUAAAAUAAGUAACAGGAAAGAACCAUAAAAUGUGAAAACAUAUGCAGAACCAUUUUUUCCCCAAACCCUAUGAUAUAAACUCCAUCUUCACUUCUAUAACUCAAAUCCUCUAAAACUACUACUAUCAGAAUCAUGCAAUGGAUCUAAAUAAAAAUCAUCUUUACUAUCAAAGAAAACAAGUAUGAAACAAUUCCAAAACUUUUUGGGCUGUUAAUCGUCUAGGAAACUUACUCACCUUCUAAGGCCUAGGGUAGCCAUGGCAACAGUAGAAAAAAAUUGCAAAGGAUAUUAUUAAAAUAAUACUUCAAAUGACAACAAAUAAACCUUGGUUUCGCUUAUAAACAGUGAAGUACCACUCUUCUAUGUAAAAGUCUUAAUAAAAUAUAGCUCUUAAAAAGUUAAACCGAGAAAUAGCAAAGAAAUAAAUAUGAUAUUGAAACAACGCAGAGCACGUUCGUCCAUGCUUUUUAGAAUGGCGGAUGAAAGCACUGCGAGUUAUGCUGCAGCCAAAGGGUUAAAGAAUACAGCAUAUGGUAAAAUCAUAUUUUGGUGUUGUAAAUUCAAUACAAAUAAACUAGCGUAUUUCAAAAUUUUUUAAAUUUCUUUUUAUAAUUUUAAUCAAUAGAAUCAACUUAUUUCAUUAUUUUUUUAGGGAUUUUUACUUUUCAAAUACUACCUCUCUGUACCAAAAUAAAAGCAAAAAAACAUUGUAACAAUUGUACUAACAAUUGUACUUAACCCUACCAGUCCUGAGGCCCUGAACCCAAUUGUCUAUACCUGGGCUUCUGAGCAUUCAAUAGAAAAAUUUUAGUUACAUGCAAACAAGUGGUUGGAAUAAGAUUGAACUUGGAGACAUUGUAGAAGCUAGGUCUACCUCUCAUCUAGCGCCAGUAUUCUAUCUCUGUGUGCUAAUCCACCCAGCAGGUUGAGCCGUGUUUCACACAGAGGUACUUCUUGCAAAGUGAGCACCAGAUAUUGCUCUUCACCUUCUUGCAAGUAUUGUCUUUGUAUGAUACUCCAGCAUUUUGCUUGUGGUACCUGGAGUGCUUUUUGAUGCACACAACACAGAUAUGAUUAGAUGAUGUCCCAUGGGGAAUCUCUUGAAAAAGAUUGCCUGGGGUCAUCCGUUGCGGGGAGGGUUCCUUUUGUGGGUGGCGGUGGGCUGUGAUAAGCCUAGACUUACAUCGCUUUCUGUUUAAUUGCUUGGUUCAACAGCGCUCGUCUCAUUGUGAAUUUUCAGGAUUUUCCCUUAUCAAACCACACAAAUUCAAUUCAAACACAUUGAGGCAGAUAUUUGCAAUGGCUAAUCAUGAGUUUUGACCACAAUUGUUUGGUUAUUUUUAGUUUGUGACACAUUUGUUUCACACAGUAGGCAAAGUACUGAAAAUUAGGUAUAGCGGUAUAGCGGCAGAUUUGGAAAUUACCGAAAAAUCGUUACAGCGGUCUGGUAGGAUUAUAAAAAAAAUUUAGCCUCAGCCAUCUUUUGUCAUCGACAACAAAAUUUGAGGUCUAUUAGGUGACCAAUUGUGUCACUGAGGUGUUCUUCUUAUUACAAAUUUCAAAACAUCCAGGUUACAGUAAGUAAUCGAUAACCUAUUUACUUAAAUCAAAUUCUUUAUUAGAAUUCCUUCUCAAAAUUACUUAUCACUAAAUAAUUAUCACAAUCAGUAUUUUUGAUUUUUGAUAAUUCUACCAACCUGGGGAAAUUUUCUUCAUCCUUUAGGGGUAAUAACAAGUAAAUAAUAUUAUAUAAUUAAUCUAUAAUAAUAUCAUUUGAUAAAAACCUUUUAAGUUAUGUUGCUAAAUUGGGUUGAGGUACAAGAUGAAAUCACUGCCCACCCUGCUUUAGGGUUUGACCAUCACAAUAUAACAUAACUGAUUAGACCAAGGGCUUAUAAACUCUCUAUCUAGCCACACAGUAAAAUUAAUCACUAAACAUCUACCAAACACCAUUCCAGUAUUUGAAUGAAAUGUCAGCACUUUCAUUAAGGACUAGCAACAAAUCAAAUAAGUAUUAUAUUAGAUAAGAGGGAUUAUAUUGUGAGCAACACAUCACAAAUUAUAUCCAAUAAUGUCCAACACAGUAUCACACUAUAUGCCCCAGUACAUCUAACACUAUAUCACAAAAUGUACUCAAGUAUGUCUAACACACAAUCACAAUGUAUAUCCAAAACAGUAUAUCCUAUAUGAUAUCACAAUCAUAAAAUAUACCCAAGUUAAUCCAGCACAUAAUCACAAUGGCUACAACAUAUACACCUUGACUUCGUAUUUAAGUAUUUUCCUGUGUCCUUUCACAGCUUCACAACUUGAUUCUCUCUUGACAAAACUCCGAAGUGUACCGACCACUCUCAGGACACAUGUCAUUAACUUCUACCUUGAAAACAAAGCCUGGAACAUUGUAGAGUUCAUUGUGACUAAAGUGUGGAAACUUACCGACAGUGAUCUGUGGAGACCUAGAUCAUCAUCAACUUCGAAGUGGGAUGUGGACUUGGUGCAUUUCUGUGAUAAAGAUCUUUUGAACCAGCAGUGGUGAGAUGUUUAGUUGAAUGACAUCAGAUUGUAGAUUACUUUUUUUUUUAAAUUCCUUACAUAAUAUAGUUAUUUAUUCUCACAGUAAUUAAAAUAAUUUAUUCUUACAUAAUUAAAAAUAUUUUUAUCCAAUCAUUAUUUGAAUCUUAUAAUUUCUUUCAUCUAAGCUUAUUUUUUUUUUACAUCCAAUAAUUUCUUACAUCCAGUCAUUCCUUACAAUCAAUCAUUCAUUUAAUAAAUCCAAUUAUUCUUUGCAUCCAAUCAUUCCUUGCAUCCAAUCAAUACUUAAAUACAUCCAAUCAUUCCUUGCAUCCAAUCAUUCCUUGCAUCCAAUCAUUCCUUGCACCCAAUCAUUCCUAAAAUCCAAUCAUUCAUAAAAUCCAAUCAUCCUUAUAUCCAAUAAUUUCUGACACGAAAUUGCACCUUAUACCUGCUCAUUCAGGUGGGUGUGUAAAGUCCUGCAUCACUUCCUAGUGUUAAAGUCAGACCAUCAUCUGCUCAAGUUUCACCCCGGAGACACCUACUUCCAUGCCACCAUCAGCAUUGUGGUACAGUCAAACACACAGAGAUCUGUUCCAAAAACACAAGAGCCUGUGUGUGUAGAUAAUGUUCCUGACAAUGCUAAUGUUGAUCAUCAUGGUGGUGGUAAUGCUGAUGCAACAAGAUUGCUCUGUUAUGUUGUGGAGAAAAUUGUCAUCCCCACAGGAGAUCUGAACAUUCAAGAUGACAAGGGAAAUACAGUGCUGCACCACCUGGCAACUUUAGAAGUAAACAAUGAAACUAACACACUGACUACUGAAUUUUUCCUGACCACUGACAUAUUAUCACUGGUCCCUCAUUUUUUCACAGACAUAUUUUCUGUGACUGUUUUAUUUUUUAAUAUUUUCUUAAUUGUCUGGUAUAAGAAAUUGUGUCAUUUUUGCUUUUUGUAUUUUCAAAUUUAGUGGCUAAUAAUUUUAGCCAUUCUUUCUGUUUUUUAGGAAUCUCAACUAAAGAUAAGUUAUUGCUAUAAUGGGCCAUCCAUAAAUGAUGUUAUAUAUCUAGGGGAAGGAUGGGAGGUCACUAAUUUGUGACCAUGUGUCAUGAGGGUGUAUAUAUUUUACUAGGCCAGUUUUUUUUUUCCUGUGGGGGCCGUCAUUCAAAAUUGAUAUUGUUUGUAGAAAGUACCUAAGUAUGUUGUAUCUCAGAAUUUUGACCCCCUUUUGGAUAUAUUUUUUUUCUUCUUCAAAUGCAGAAAUAUUCAAAAUCUGUACUGAGCUACAUCCUGGGCAAAGGUGUAGACUGUUUAAAAGAAAACAAGGAUGGUAAAACUGCACUGGACCUAACCAGCCAAUCAGAUAAAAGGAAUUUGUUACGUGGGAAAAGUAGGCCCCAUUUUUUUUUUAAUUUUGAGUGAUGCAUGCAUCAAACAAUGCCAUUGAGAUGAAACAACAUGUCAUAGACGCAGCAAUAACACAAAAACCAAACAAUAACACAUUGACACAAAAAUAAAACAUAUACCCAACAAUAAACAUUGACACAGCAAUAACACAUUGACACACCAAUAACACAUUGACACAACAAUAACACAUUGGCACAACAAAAACACACUGAUACAAUAACACACAGACACUACAAUAACAUAUUGACACAACAAAAGCACAUUGUCACAACAAUAACACAUUGACACAACAAGAGCAAAUAUCUCUUAUUUAUUCAACUGAAUUCUAAGCUCAUAAAUGACACUUUACAAAGAUGUUGGUUUUUCAGUUUGUUGGGCUAAAAUCAACCCCUCCCCACCUCCCUCAACACCACUGACCCUCACUCUCGCCCCUCAAUAUCCCUGACCCCCACUCUGGCCCCUCAACACCAGACAAGCAAAAAACAUUUCAGGAAGUUAUAAAUCUUUUUUAAAAUGUGUUUUAAUCCUCUUAAAAUUUGAUUAUACUUUAGUAGAUUUUUAAAACAAAACAAAAAAAAUUAUACUGUUUUAAGGUUCUUAAAAAGACUAUUCACUUGAGUUAUUGAAUGGGAAAUGUUAUAUGAUUGUUUAAAUUUAUAUAGCACAAUUCUGCUUGUUUUUGCAUUAAAUCAUAUUGCAAUGUGACUAAAUUGUUUCCAUGGGCUUCUAGGAGUAAUCUGGGGUGAACUAAGUUAAGGGUGAAGCAAAAUUGAAAUUAAAACAAGGGGUAGUGGUAAACAUGAAGGAAGAUGAAACAAAAAAAGCAGAAGUUUCAUCUGAAAGCCUCCUACAGCAGAAAGGACAACGGAGAAUAAAAAACACAACUUAGCUUGAUUUAGAGUAGACUGGAAAUUGUUAAAAUCUUACACCUACAGUAAACAGGAAAUCAUUUCUCUAAUGAAGUCUGAGAGUUUUUGGGAUGAGGUCUUAGAGCGGCCGGGCUUACAGGGCUUAGUGGAAUGGGGUGGCUACAAGGUGCUUGCGGACAAGAAGGUCACACACGUUUCUUUCACAUCUAAACUUAAUUAAAGGAGGGAUGAGUUAUGAUUAGUUAUUGAUGUGAGGGAUACCCUCUUUGUUGACAAUCAUGCCACAUUCUGUUUGCAGUGGUAGCUCAACUUGUGGAUGAGACUGACAAGCACAAUAAAAUUAAAAUUCCAGAGGAAAGGAAAAAAUUGAAAGCCAAAAAUAUCAAAGUAUUGUCCAGUUGGUUGUCUUGUCAUAUAAUCCCAGGUAAGAGUGUAUUUAAGAAAUUAUUAUUUUUUGUGAAAUAAUAAUUAUUAUUGCUUGUCAUUGAAACAGAGAAAUAAUUGUGUAAUGGCACAUCAUUGAAUACCUACUUCUUUACUUGUAAUUAUGAAGCAAUUUUUUCUUUCUCAUCAAUUUGACAAAUAUGUUGGUUUUUUUUAGUUACAUAACUACAGAUAACAAAUGUGUUUUUGUUCUGAUUUAUUUAACAGAACAGUUGACAAAUUUAUUUUUCUCUGACCUAAUUACAGUUGAAGAAUGUGUGUCUCUUCUCUUUUUGGGCGAAUUACAGUUUGUGAGCUAAUUACAAUUGACAAAUGUGUUUAUUCUUUCUGACCUAAUUACUGUUGAUGCAUGUGCUUAUGUUUCUUCGUGACAUAUUUAAGGUUAGCUAAUCUGUUACUCUCUCUGUUUCAUCCUGCCAGUCAUUCCAAAAGAACUUGUAAAAAUCAGUGCUGACAGCUGUAAGGAUCUGCUGACUUGUUUGGCCGAUGAUGGCAAGUGGCUGGUGCUGAAAGAACUGGUCACUCAAUUUAAAGAAGCAAAAGGGAAAACCACCCUGCCCACCUUUGCUAAAGAAAUGUCACUGAUGAGCGUGGUAGAAGCACCUGCUAAGGAAAUAUCAGAGUCAGACAAAGUUGAUGUGGUCCGUUUGCUGGUCGAUCAUGAAGCAAGUGUGGAUUCACCAGAAGCCAUUGAAGCAAGCAUUCGAAAUGAAGAGUGGAAGGUACUUGGAACUGACAAUUUUGAUUUAAUACUUUUUACAGAAUUAAUUUGUUUUAUUGAUAUCAGUCCCAUGUACAACGAUAUUUCUAAUAAUAAUAAUAAUAAUAAAGUUCAUUUAAAAAACACACUUCAUGUACAAGUUAAUUGUCUGUGAAACACAUUAACAACUUCUUCCUAUCAGAUGUUUAUGAUUGAAAUAACAUUUAUUAUUGUAUUAUUUCAAUCAAAUGAUUUAUAUUCUUCAAAGUCACCAUUGCAUGUCUGUUCCCAAAUUGUGUAUAAUUUCUUUGAGUAAUCAAAUAAUUUUUAAAUGACAAUUGUCUGUCAGGUUUAUUGCAAAUUUUGCUUUGUAAACUUAUCACAUUACAAGUCUAAUUACAUAUAUAUUUUUCAUUAUCAUAUUAUUAAACGCAAAUGAAUUUUAAUUCUCUUAGAGUUUUAUUAAAACCCACGUUACCAUUUUCUCAGCUGACCGUGGAACUGUUAGACCUGGGAGUGAACCCUGAUGGAGUGACACUAAGCCCUGGGGACACACCAUAUCAUGCAGCUUUGAAGUUGGCUUUGAACAAAUUUGAUGGUAAUUUCAUCUUUAUCAGUCUAGACCAGCGGUGGCAAGCUAAUUGCGUGCAAAGCAGCUGUGAGCAUGCAGAUCCCUCAAUGAUGGCAUGCCAGCAUGUUUUCGCUAGAAUCUCAGUAAUCAUGUUUAAUUGCCAUAAAUAAGUUUCUUUUGGAUUGCAAUUUUGCCCUUCAGUCUCUAAAAGGUUUGCUACAACUGAUCUACAAUCUUAACUAUAAAAGAACAAUUUCGUUUUACUAAACAUCCUCACUCCUCACACACACUAGCCCACUCACAUUAAAUAACCUAUGCAUUCAUAACACCCCCCCCCCUACACAACAACCUUCUCCCACACAACCUUCACCCACACUACAACCUCCAAAGUUUGCUACAUCAUAUCUCUAAACAAUCACAGGAGAUUUCUCCAUGUUGGAAAAACUCAAGGAAAUUCAUGACCAGAAGAAAUCUCUCAAGAAAGAUGUGACAGUUACAGACAAAGAUGGCAACACCCUCUUACAUAUGGCAGCUCAGGUAUUUUAUGGUCAAAGACAAAUUGUUUACAUUAUUUGUGUCUGAAGUAAAUGGGCUAGUUUAUUUAUUCAGUAUCAACAAAAUAGAAGGGGAGACAACUUAGGAAAUGUUGCAGUUUUAUAAAAAUAAUUUAAAAUCUUAAAACUAAAUUAUAUUUAGAAUGUCUAAAUAUUUUAUCUUUUUACAAAAGUUGACAUCAAAUUAAGUUAUGGCAAAGAUACAAUUUAUUUUUUAUAAAAUUUCUAGACUUCACAUUUAAUGGGAAGAAACUAUUUAAAAUCUGUUUGUAUCCUAUUUACACCUAAAUAAGAUCAUAUUUGGCCCUGCCCUUUCCACCCUAGUACAUGCCCACCAAAACAUAAACAAAGAAACUAAAAGCAACUAAAGCAUAGGAAACAAAAAAAAGCAUGAUAAAGUUAACAGAAAUCCAUAUUAGUCAGAAGGUGUUCAGAAUCACACAGAUUACGUAGUGAGCAUAGUUUCAUUUAUAAAAUAAUUGUGAAGAAGGUAUCUAUCUUUAAAAAGAGUUUGUAAGUAAAUUAAUUUUUUAUAAAUAUUUAUAAUAAAAAUGUAAAAUUGCAGUGCAUGCUUACCAUUGGUGUACACAUUGCAAGUGUCCUAUAACUGCUUUCACCAUUUUAUAUUGUGCAAAGACCUUUAAUUUAAUUUUACAUUAUUUGGAAGUGAUAGUUUUAACUAUAGUAGAAUUUUUCUUAUUCUUCCUUGUCGAGUAUCAAAAGUUUUACUGCAAAGUUUAAUUUUUUUUUUCUGUUGAUAUAUUAUAUUAAUGGUGACACCUAAGUACUUAUAUGCCUCUAUAUAAUAUAAGCAAUAAUUAGCAUUUUAUUGAUUAUUACCAAACCAUCGCAUUUGCUUCUUGUACCUUCACAUUUCAGGAUUCUUGAAUUCACAGAAUCAUAAAAUCUUCAUUGGAACCUAACUAAUUUGCAUUUGCGAUUUUUUUUUUUUUCCAAAGAUCUGUGAAAUUUUAAAGACUACUAAUUCUUUUGUACAUCUUUAUGUAAUUUUUAAUUGAUUGAAUAUCUGCACCCUCUAUGUACAGCGCAUGCUCUCAUUCUUUUAUUGAACUGUACCUUCGAUACAUGCCUUCUGUGACACAUGGAGAUUUCCUAGUUUACCCUCCUGACAUGACAAGGAAAUCUCAGUCAUUGAGUUUGUUACUUGGUUUUACCUUACCGUGAGUGCAAAAGAAAAUGGCAGUCAAUGAAUCAGUUUACAGAAGCAGGUUACAUUAGUAUGCAGUACUCGUGAAUGUGUUAUUGUGGCAAAUAGCCAUUAGACGAUGUUGUACUCUAUUUUUAUCUAUUUUUUACAUCACCGUUUUAUUAUUUUUGUUUUAUCUUUUGAGCCAACUUUUAAAUGGAAUCAAAGUGCUUGCUUUGAGAGCAUGAUCUGACUCAUACUAAGGGGUUAUAUUAUUCGACUUUCACAAGCAAAUGAUGACCAAGGAAAUAUUCAACUUGAGGGGUAGCCCUGACUUGAGAUGUAACUUGAGAUGUAUUAAGUUUUUAAGGGAGGGAGAUUUGCUUAAUUUGUCAGAAUCACUCUCUCAUCCUUUCCCUAUUUGAUUCAAUGGCAAUAGUUGGUCAAGACUCAGGAUGCAGUGGAUGAGCCGCAGUGUGUCUUGUGUGUUUCACUGUGCUCCUUAUGAGUUCUAUGUCACAGGUGUUGUCGGAAUUUUCAUUGUUACAAUGUCCUACUACCUACAGGACUCCAUCUCCGGGUUCAACUUUAGAAUUUGCCUUCUUUUAGAUGAGUUGCCAUCAAAGGUUAACAAUUUCCAUUCACUCAGAGUGCUGGUGAUGUUUUUGCAUUUGCUGGGGAUUGAACCUGAGCCCUCUGGCUUGGGAUUGACUCAGUUUAGAUCAGUCGGCCACCCAGCGCCAUUAUUUAGGGGUUAAACUCUAGGUACAAGCCUUUAUAAUCAUUUUUAGUGACUUGUACCAAACUGUCGGGAUUCCUCUGAUUUGUGAAUGUUCGAGGUAUUACUGCAUAUAUAAAUAUACAUAUAUUUUGUGGGUGUGCAUUCUAUUGAAAAGAUAAAUCCUUAAUUUUGUGUAUCCUAAGGCAACAUCCCAUCAGUACAGUCUAAAAGCAUUGCAGCUCCUUUCAAAAUGGCGAAUACCCACUAACAUAAAAAACAAAGAAAAGAAAAUGGCUGUUGAUUAUCUACCAGACUGGGAAGAUGAUAGACAUCAAUACAUUCAAGUGCCCACUAGUACUAAAAGUAAAAACAAAUCUAAAACAGAAAAAGGUACAAUAUUAUGAUAAGUAUUUUCCAAUGAUUUAGGUUACAGUAACAGUAACGUCAGAAAAAUUUUAGAAAUUUUAUUCUUAAAGAAUCAGGAGUCAUUUUAUAAUGAUAAUAAUGUGUUUUAUUUCCCUUUCUUUACAGUUUAUUUUAACAUUUCUAACAUUGCCAAAAUUAGUCUGGAGAGAUUUAUUUAUAAAAUUUGGUCAAAGAAAUUAGCUUUAACUUAGGUAGAAAAAAAUAAAUCUUAAAGAGGGCAGUUUAAAUCAUUUUUUGGGAAAGGCUAGUCUUCAUAAUUUGUACAGAGAAAAGUGCAAUAUUUAGGAAGGUUUUACAGACAUAGAAGUAUAAAUUGUCCAUGGUAUAUAAAAUUAGAAGUUAUAUCAUUAAGCCUUGAGGUUAAAAUUACAUUGGUAUCUGUAUUAAAGUACUGGCAAGUUAAAGGAUAAAAUACUAUUUAAAACAAAAAUAAUCGGCAAAACUUGACCUCAAAAUAUGUGUAAAAUAAAGAUAAUUAUCAUUUCUCUUAACUUAAGGUACUGAGGAGGCUGCGUCGAAGACAGACACAAAAUCAAAGCCUUCAGUGGAAGAGGUAUGUGUAAGGAUAAGGUAUGAAGGGAAAAGUUACGUAUUGGGAUAAAAUGUGUUGGGAUAGUGAAUGUACAACAAAGGUUUGCCAUGAGUUAAUGCCCGUGUUAGUACCUCGAGUUCACUUGCUGGGGGUCAUUAUGAGUUCAAAUAAUGGACGUCAUCAUGCGUUCACUUACUGGAUUGUGCUGUCAUUUCAAUUAUUUAAACACUUUUUAAAUUUAUUAUUAUUUUUUUUCUUUAGACCAUAGAAACCAAAAUUUCAACAUUGCUGUCCAAAAUACCUGAAGCCACUGGUUUUCUUAACCCAACACAAGCAGAAAGUAAAUUCGUUGUUCCGAGAUUGCUGGAUUCUGACGAUGACAACGGUGAAGAAGGAAAGUCACCUGAUAACGGAUUGGGGAAUUCUAACAACAGUGAGUAAAAAAUUUUCUGUAGGUAAGUCUCAGGGUUGAUGGUCUCAUCAUCAAAAGUUCAACAAGAAAAAAUUGAUUUCUUUAUUUCUCUGUAUCUAUUUUGUAUCUACAGUUAUGUUGAAGAUGUAAAGAGAUUUAUUUACAUUAUAGUUCUUGGCUCAAUUUUUACGAGAUAAAGAGAAUGAAAUAACAAUUUUUUUUUAAAUUGUUAUUCAUUAAUAAAGAUGGACUAACAAGAGAGGACCUUACCCAGGUUGAUAUUGAUGAACUGUCAAGAAUUGACAAGAUAGAGAUUGACCCAAAAGACUUUGACAGUUUAGAGUGGGAUAUUGAGUGUACAGGUAAACAGAUGAGUGGGAUAUAGAAUGUGUAGGUAAAUGAAUGACAGGGAUAUUCAAUAUACAGGUAAAUGGAUGUGUGUGGGAUACAACGUAUAAAUGGAUGAGUGGGUUAUUAAUUGUGCAGAUAAAUGGAUGAAUGGAAUAUUGAAUAUACAGGUAAAUGUAUGAGUGGGAUAUUAAAUGUACAGGUAAUAGGAUGGGUAGGAAAGUGUAUUACAAUAAUGUUAAUGUAAUAAUGAAAAAUAAUUUUAAAUAAUCAAGAUUAUUGCAAUAUGUUUUUAUUUUUAGUUUUUCUUAGAGUGUUUUAGUUAUUAGUAGAAACACAAAAACCAUUUCUAUGCCAUGUUAUUGUUUUUUAGAGUCAGUCUGGAGGACAUUAAUCAGCAAAAGACAGGCCACUGUUGAUAUUGGUCUGCGGAAAUUGUCCUUGAGAAACCUAGUGUUGAUGAAGUUGAAACAGCUGGGUUCAGGAGACUGGAAGAAUUUAAAACAGGUCAGUUCUUGUAGGAGUUUGGUCAGGUCAUGUAUGAGGUAGGUCAGUUCUUGUAGGAGGUGUGUCAGUUCUUGUAGGAGGUAGGUCAGUUCUUGUAGGAGGUAGGUCAGUUCCUGUAUGAGGUAGGUCAGUUUUUGUAGGACGUAGGUCAGUUCCUGUAUGAGGUAGGCCAGUUCUUGUAGGAGGUAGGCCAGUUCUUGUAGGAGGUAGGUCAGUUCUUGUAGGAGGUAGGUCAGUUCUUGUAGGAGGUAGGUCAGUUCUUGUAGGAGGUAGGUCAGUUCUUGUAGGAGUUAGGUCAGUUCUUGUAGGAGGUUGGUCAUUUAGAAACUAAUGGCUGUUUUUUUUUUAACAUCAAGUAACAAACCGGUUGUAGCAUAAUAGCAAGUACACCAUUAGAUGUAGAAGUAUAAUGGUGUAAGGGUAUAGUAUGUGGUAUAAGAGUGCAGGGUAUAUGAUUGUAUUACAGAAGGCUUUAGAGGUAUAUGGUUGUAAGCCAGUGGUUCUCAACCUUCCUCACGCCACGACCCUUUAAUACAGUGCCUCAUGUUGUGGCGACCCCUAACCACAAAAGUAUUUUCGUUGCUACUUCAUAACUGUAGCGUAUAUGUGUUUUCCGGUGGUCUUGAGCGACCACUGAGACAGGUUUGUUCAAUCCCCAAAGGGGUCGCAAUCCACAGGUUGAGAACCGCUGUUAUAGGCUAUAUUUGUAUAAUCCCAUUUCCAUCACUUCAAAUAUAAAACACUAUAGAUUUUUGUUUACUUUUCUAAUUGUCUAUUCUGGUGCCACUUAUGAUGAAAACAAUUCCAUUAGCUUUAUUGUUAUUGGAUUUUUAAAAUGAAAUUAGGUUUUACUGGCAUUGCUAGCAGAUAAAAAGUAGAUCAUAACAUCUACUUCCUUAUGCUAUCAGAGGAGAAUAAGGUCAUAAAAUCUACUUCCUAAUUCAAGUAUUUAAACCAUGACAAUUUGAAACAUGAAAAUAAAAAAAUAAAAAUUAGCAUGAACAGGAAUUUUUCAACUCUAGCAUCCUUUGAACUAAGAUGAGUUAAAAGCGAGUAAUUUCUAUCAUCCAGAGGUCUAGGAGAGAUGUGCCAGAGACACUGAAACUGUACCGUCUGCCUUUAACUUCUGGUGCCUUUAUUUUAUGGGAGAGAGCCAUCGCCUUUUCACCCCGCCUCAGUGAUCCGCAGGAAACAAGCGGGUCGCAUGACAGCCAGGAGUCGGCCAUCAGAGAAGGGAGAGUCUACGCCGAGCAUGUUCGAGUGUGGGAGAUAGGGCUGAAGAAAUCUGACUUGCAACCAGCCGUUGCCAAAGUCGUCAAGUCACAUCAACGUGGGAAAGAGUGCGUUGUCAAGGUAUUCUAAAGGUGUUCUUUAGGUGGGGCAAGACAGGGCACAUGGCAUGGUUGUGACUUAAAAGGGCAUUGAUGGGUCAUCGUCACUUCCCCAUCCAAUGAUUGGACACAGAUACCUAGCUAAAAAUAAAUGGGAUGAGUAAAGUCUCUUUGCUUGUUGUUAGCAAUUUUUCAUGUCCCUUUCUGCACUGCUGGGAUUUACAUUGGGCUUUCAGGAUAAUUCUUUUUUUUUUUUUUUUUUUUUUUUUUUUUAAUCACAUGAUUAUUAUUAUUAUAUGAAAUAUUUAAAUUUAAAUGAGAGCUUCAGUAAACUAUUGUUUAAAUCAAGUGUGGCCAACCGAAAUGGCUUUAAGGUUCACUUUGAUCUUGAGUUCACUUUUUUUUUGUUGCUGCCACCUAAUAAAUAAAAUAACACCAAAAAAAUGCUCUAGGGGAUUAUUUAUCUAUUCCUAAUACACAAAAUGAAACCAAAAAACUGUUUUACUGGUUUCAUUUUUCUCCCCAGAAAUUCCUGAUGACAUCACACCAAAGUGAGAAGACCCUUCCAAAACUUUUCAGGGAAUGCACUGACCUACAAGGACAUGAUGAGGUACUCACUCCUCCGGCCAGUCUGCAUGAGAAUGAGUUCACCAUCAUGAAACUGUACACAAUGUCAUCCCAGAUGGUGGAGGCCGUUCUAAAUGAUGGGGAUUCAAAGGUGACUAGAACUUUUCAUACUUGCCUACCAUUUUUUGCUGAGUUCAACUGCCAUUUAUUCAAACUUCAUACUACACUUAAUGUAAUUUUACUGUUUUUUUUUAAAAUUACAUCAGAAUCAUUCAAUUAUUAGCUUGUUGUUCCCUCAGUGGGACAGUAGCCAUAACAAUCCAUUGCACUCUCUAACCACUCAAUGUUUCUCUACGUUGUUUUCAUAGUUUCAGGCUUUCUACAUUUACAUGUCUUCUCCAUACAUUCUUGGGCAUCCCAUAUAAUUUUGACUUUGUGAAUUCCAUAAAAAUUAAAAUUUAAUUUCCCAGUAAGAUAGAGUUAUGGUGAUAUAUAUGUAUGUUACAUUGCCAUCAUAAAUUUUUUUGCUGGUUAAAAAUAUAUAUUUAAAAUAACCUUGUUGCUACAAAAAAAUCGUAUGUUCUAGUUUCAGCUGACUUUCCAUUCAGAGAAGUAGGAAUAUCAAUUGUCAUUUAUGGAUUUCAGAAUGACAGAAACAUCAGAUCAUAUUUAUUGAUUUCAGAACAACAUAAAUAUCAGAUCUUAUUAACUGUUUUCAGGUUGACUUUCCAUUCAGAGUGACUGAAAUUGAGCACACAUUCAUUCAUUUAAAACCUGAAGCUCCUCUGCUACUUUUAGGCCGCAGUGGGACAGGGAAAACCACCUGCUGUCUCUAUCGCUUGUUCAAUGAGUUUUUAAAUUAUUGGGAGCUGGCCAAAGAAUUAGGGAGACCGCAUAUUGAAUGUCUCAACAGUAAGUUCUCUGAUUAUUAACUCUUUCUGAGGGUCACUUUUUGCCUGCAAUUCAAAUAAGGAUAUCUUUUUAAUAUCUAAACAAUAGUGUAUUGUUGGUCAAGAAAGAAUUGUGAAAAAUCAAUUUUUAUUUUUAAAUUAAACAACCUCUAAAAACAAAGGUUAUUUUUAUAAAUCCUUUGUAAAAUGUAAUAUCGAGCAAUGGGGGCUGAAAAUUUGACAAAAUAUACAUACAAGUAACGUACUUAACAAGAAUCUUAAUUUGUGUUCCCCCCACCCACCCCCCACUCCCCAAGGCUGGCAAAUGCACAUUCAUGCCCCUGAAUUAUAUUAAUAUUCUAAUGACCCACCAGCUUUUACACCAAAGAUUUAUGUUACCAACUAUUUCAGAAAAACAAAAGAAAAUAUUACACAACAAAAUACACAUGCAAUAUUUUUUUAAAAAGAAGAUUAUUUAGCGCAGUAAUCCCAAAUUUUAUUUUGUGAAAUUAGUGUUAUCACAUUUCCUUCUUUUUCCCCCUUAAAGAGCAGGAAAAACUAAUUUUUGGGGGUGGCGGUUAGGGUUGAAAAUUUGAUAGAAUGUGUUGUCAUCUACAACAUGUCUUGAGCCAAGUUUUCAUCUCGGUAGGUGGAUGGGAAGUGGGUCAAUAGGCCAUGCGAAGAUUUUGCCAGCCACUCACGAACAAAAUCAAAGCUAAUAAAAAGGCUUUAAAAGCAACUCUUUAUCCUCAACUCAUUAUUUUUGUCAUCAGAAGAAAUAUUUUUUAAAAAUUUUGAGAGAGCAAUGCUUCUUCCUAAAUCUCUGAAGACUUUAAACCAACACAAACAUGUAGAUACAUUCUCUCCCUGUGUUUCAUAAUGUUUGUAACACUUCUCCUCUCGUGUUAUGUAUAACUAAUAUGUAACCAGUGCUACCUUGGUGGCCAGAUGCUGGUCCAAUUCUUCUUAAUUAUUAAUAUAAUGAACUGCUACAAAAGCACGAGAUAAUGCAGAGGUUUUCCUCAUCACCAUUAACUUUUAUUCACUCGUUAAGAUUCACAAUAUAAAAUACUUCUCAGAAUUGGAAUAAGACAAUUUUCAUGACAUCAUAUAUGUCAUUCGCUUAAAUCCAAACAGAUGAACGAUAGUUGUUCCGAUUCUAUGAGAUAUAUCUUUGGAUCAACGCAAGAGAAAAUUCACAAUGCAAGCACACAUUUCUUCAUGUUUAAUCUAAUCUCUCAACUUCCUUCCUCCCUCUCUGGGCAUGACAUUCAAAACUUCACCUUGAUACUAAAAAUAACAAAACAAUUCUUAUAAUUAUGAAGCUGUUUUAUUUACUGAUUUUUUUUUUUUACCAGUUUCUGAUGAAUCCAACAAUAAUGGUCCAGAAGUUCCAAUCCAGGAAACUGAUGUAAAUGAGGGUCAAAAUAGUGACGACACAGAUGAUGAAAGUGAUAACAAUUGUGAACAUCUGCAUCAGGUAAGUGAAUCAAACAUUUUAUCAUAUUACCCAACUCUAAACAUCUCAUUAUGACAAUACUCUGGGUGAGUCAGAGGAUUGGUUUUGAAUCUUAUGAGAAGCACUGACUGAUUAAAUUCAGAGCUAGAGAUUCUAGCACAAGGGAAAGACAAAAUAGAACUAUGAUAUUUUGUUCUAAUAUAUUUGCCUUCCUUAGCCCAGAGAAAAUCACAAUCAAUCAGUUUUGUGAGCUAAAGACCAGGAAUUAUAUUGUACUCAAUAGCUGCCUCUAUCUACACCACUAGAAUAUGGACUAGAAAAGAAACAAAUUCUUCUAAGUACUCUGGAUUAAAAAAGUGAAAGCUUUGCAAAAAUUAGGUCAUAUAUAGAAUGAUGCCAGUGACAGUUAAUAAUAAGAACAAGUAAACAUAAUAAUUUUUAGAUUCUAUAUAUUUUGUUCAAAUAAUUUUGUUUAAUAGCUAUAUUUUUUUGUCUGACCAAUUUCAGAUUUUUGUGACCAAAAACCCAGUUCUGUGCCAUGAAGUGGAGAACAGUUUUGUUAAACUUUGCCAGACUCCUAAAUGGUUGUGUGAUCAUGUGGCUGAGAGAGCUGAGGACGUUCCAAAUCGACUGCAGGCAAGUUAUUCAGUUGAUAUAAUUCAGACUCUCAUGUGCUCUGCACUACUAAGAACAUCAUCACACUGUGGGUUUUAAAGUUGUUGGCUUAUGAACAAAAAGCAGCUUGAGUUUCCAAGCCAGAUAGUUUAAAUUUUAAAAAAUAAAAAUAAAACCUGAUCACAUUCUUUUAAAAAUAGAGAUUUAAGACCUGUAAAUUGAUUACAUUAGUUCUAUAUAUCAUUUAGAGUGAUUCUAUAAUAUUCAUUGGCAUAGAUAAUUAUGAAGAGGGAUACACAAUAAAAUUAUUCUUACAUAAUUUAUUUUUUUAAAAUGUAAACAAGUUAUAUUCAUGUGAAAAGAGUGGUUUAGCAGACUGUAGUGUAGUUCUUAAAUCCACAAAUGCUAUAAUCUGCUCUGUUAUAAACUUAAUAGUUGUAUUUUUAUUUGCUGAAAAAUGGCAUGCUUUUUAUUUAUAAAGUGCUGUAUACCCUCCAACCCUGAAGCCUCCAAACUAUGCCCUCCAGCCUCAAACCUCUACCCUCCAGCCUCAAACCUCUACCCUCCAGCCUCAAACCUCUACCCUCCAGCCUGUAACCACUAUCCUCCAGCCUCCACUGUCUGGCUUCCAACCUGUACCCUCCAGUUCAGAAAUGUGGUUAAGUUUGUAAGUAGCAGUAGUUUUCCCUUCCACAGGACAUGGAAGAUAACUCCUUUCCCCUGUUCCUGACAUCCAGACAUUUAUUACUUAUCCUUGACGCUUCUGUUGAUGGUCAAGCAUUUUUUCCUCGAGAUGAAGACCUGGGGAUGAAACUGUACAUACCAGGCUGGGAGCCACAGGAAGACAUUUUAAACAUCGGCCAGCCAUUACGUAGAAUGAAUCCAAGAGGUUUCCAAAAUGGUCAGUAAUCUAUCAUUGCUUAGUAUUGUAACACAAUUGUUUCCAAAAUAAAACACACUUUAAGGACUACUAGUUCCGUCGUGGCUCACGCAAAUCCCUCAGGGCUCACGCAAAUUCCUCAGGGCUCACCCACAUCUGUCAGGGUUCACCCACAUCUGUCAGGGUUCACCCACAUCUGUCACAGCUCACCCAUGCUUAAUAAUUUUUGACAUUUUCAUUUUUAAUGUCUGAAUUUUAAAAUAAAAAUACAAUAACAUAUCUUUAUAUAACAGUUAAACAUUUUUAAAAAUACUUUAGAUAAAAAUACAAAAUAAUAUCUGCAUAUACCCUGAUGUAAAUGUGUUUUUGUUUUUUUUUAAAUACUUUAAAUAAAGAGAAAAAAGUGUAUCUGUCUACCACAAGUUUAAAUUUUCAAAUUAAAUAACAAAGUUCGAAAAACACAAAAUAAUGUCUGUGUACCAAAAUUUAAUUUUUUAAAUAAAAAAUACUUUAAAUGUAGAGAAAAAAGUUUAUCUUUGUGUACAACAAAUUUAAAUUUUUAAAAAUUACUUUAAUAAAUGUACACAAACAUGCUAUUUCUUUGUUUAAAACUAUUUGCAAUUAUUAAAAAUUAAAAAAACUCAAAUAUAUCUUUGUGUACAGAAAUUUUAAAUUGUAUAUACAUACUUUUAAUAAGAAUACUAAAGUACAAAGGUGUGUACCCUAAUUUUAGUGUCUUAAUUUUAAAAUAUUUUUAAAAAAUGUUAGUAGAUAUUAGUGUACUGAAUUUUUUUUAAAAUUGUAAUAAAAAUUAAUCACAGCAAGAAGAGCAGAUAGACAAGCAGAUCCAAGAAGGGAGAGCACUUAUGAAGUUUUUGUUCAUGAGAUUUGGCCAAAGAUAAAGAAAGAGGUAGGAGUCUAAAAUGUUUAUGAAAGAAUUAACAUAAGUCUAAAAAUAUAAAUAUACCAUACACAUAACACCUAGAUCAAUAAAGUACAUAUGAUGAAUCAAUACACGCAUGAUAUUCUAAUAUUCAAUAAACAUAAUAGAUAAAAUAUUACAACACACAUGAUACUCUGAUGUAAAAUAAACAAAAUUGAUAAUUAUGCAUUACACUUAUGUUUUAUCAGAGCACCUUCCAUCCAUCACUGGUUUGGACAGAAAUUGUGUCCUUUAUAAAAGGAUCCUCUGAAGCCCUGGAAUGUUGCGAAGGUUACCUUGCUAUGACCCAAUACAUUUCUAUUGGAAAGAAAAGAGCUCCAAACUUUGAUAGCAACAGGCCUCUCAUAUAUGAAAUAUUUCUAUGCUAUCAGAACUACUUAAAAAAGAACCAUUUAUUUGAUGAGGCUGAUGUCGUUUUUCAUAUCUAUAAAAGACUCAAGGAGACUGUAAGUAUUGAUCUGACAUUUGGUUUGUUAUAUUGUUUCAAUUAAUGUAGGACAUUCUGACAGUUUCAGGGUGUAUCAUAAUUCAUAUUUUACUUUUUUUCAUGCAAAUUGAAAUUCCCUAUAUUGUUUUAGAUCUCUUUUCAUAAUUUAAAUAACAAACUAGCUUUUAGUAAGAUGCUUGAUUAUACAAUGUUAAGAUAUACAAUUGUAACUUGCUACUUUUUUUUUUAUAAUGAUGUCAUAAUAAACAUAAUUUAGAAUGUAAAAUAUUACAGCACAUGCUGUAACUGUAACAAGAGGCAAUAUCUGGACAUUUGUUUUAACACAAAAUAACAUAAGAAAAGAAAGCACUUUGACUUACUGGUUUUUUUUUUCAUUUCUUAAUUUCAUAUUUUAAUUUCUCAGACACAAAUUAUAAUGUUCAUUGCAAGUAAUUCUCCAUCUUGUUCCUGUGACAUCACAGCAGGGGAACAUCUACUGGAGUCCCCACAACAUUUACAUCGAUGAAACCCAGGACUUUUCCCAAGCAGAGCUGGCCCUUCUGGUGUCAUUAUGUCGCUUCCCCAAUCAGAUGUUCCUUGCUGGGGACACUGCCCAGAGCAUCAUGAGAGGAAUAUCAUUUCGGUUUGCUGACUUGAAGUCCAUAUUUUUCCAUAGGACUCACCAGACACCAAUUGGACAAUCACAAGUGAAAGUAAGUGUCGAAUUUUCUCUUUGUUUUAUGUGCAUUAUUUGCUCUUUGCGGCCAGACACUAAUUUUGUUCAUUUAGCUCUGUUCUAACCUAUUCCUUCCAAUAUAUUCAACUAUUUUCCACAUACCUUAGUAAAAAAAUUUCCAAUAGUCUUUAAAUAUUAAAUUUUCUCAAGUGUAGAGUUUGGCGUUUGAAAAAAAGAAAUCAUAUUCCUUUAUAGGUCUGAUGAAAUUUGAAAGAAUAAUAUUUUUAAGUUAUCUUUUAAAGUUUGUAAUUUAGUGGGUAAGUUUUCAGAAUGACUAUAUUAAUAAUUACUAAUACAGAAGCCUUAACCAUACAAAAAUUCAAAUGGCACACAAAAGCUAGCCAAAAAAAAAAUGAAAUAUAUUUUUGAUAAAUUUGUUUUAAAACAAAAAACAAAAAUUGGAUUGCAACUUAUAACACAAUUUAAAUUUACAAUAAAAUUUCAAGGUGAAAAGUUACACUUUUAGUUUUGUCUCACCCUCAGAAGCCUGACAAAAUUCGACAGCUGCGACACAACUAUCGAUCUCACACAGGAAUUCUUGCCCUUGCUUCGGCUGUCCUUGACAUCAUUCUUGAGCUAUUUCCUGAAACAAUUGAUAAACUUGAAAAAGAUCAGGGAAUGUUCGAUGGACCAAAACCUGUCAUUAUCGAGACUUGUAAAUCAGGUUAGUGGUAACAAACCCUGUCAUAACUGGGCCAUGGCAUCUUUGGCACUGAAAUAUCUCCCAACAUUAGUUUAUAUGGGAAUGGGUCUUUCUAACUAUAUUUUCAGGCAAGUUGGUUGUGAGAAUAUAAUGUGAUUAAAACCCUAUUAAAGUAUUUGUGGAAAAUUAUUGUGCAGUGUAAAUUUUUUUCUCUUCACAAGAAUCACAAUUAUUUGUUCCAUAUUUGUUUAAAUUUGUGAGAUCAUUCACCUGAUAAUCUCUUUUAGCUGAAGAAGGGUUUUCAACUUGCAUAAUUUAUUAUCAGGAUAACUCCAGUUGGGAAAAUCUAUUAAUGGAAUAUUAGUACAGCUGGAGAAAUAUCCAAGUACAUACAAUAAUGUCACUGGCAUAUGGCUUUUACAGUAAUAUAAAUUAAUAACUUAUAAAUGUAUUUAUAAAUGCAUAUUAUUUGUUGAAAUGUGAGAAAAUUUUUAUUGAUGGAAUUAUUAUGACAUUUUAUUGGUUAACAUGUACGAAUAUUUUUAAUCAAUGGUGUGAACUGUUAUUGUUAACAUAUACCAACAUUGUUUUUACUCAUGUACAGAAGACUUAGCUCACCUGGUGAAAGGCAACACAAGGGACACAACUCCCAUUGAGUUUGGUGCCCACCAAGCCAUUUUAGUUGUGGACGAUGAAGCGAAAAAUACGCUACCGCGGGAGUUGAGGGACGGGAUUGUUUUAACCAUCUACGAAUCUAAAGGCCUUGAGUUUGAUGACAUUCUCAUCUACAACUUCUUCAAACAUUCUCAGGUUUUUCAUUCAUUGAAGUAAUGACAAAAACAGUUGAAAUCACCUCAAGGCUUAAACUAGUUUUCACAGUUAAUUGGAAAAUUUAUACCAGAUUUUAUUUUUAUUUACAAAACUAGCAUUAACAUUUGUAAAAAAAAAUAUAUUUUUUUAAAUUAUUAAAAAAUAAGUAAAAUAAUUUUCAAGUUCUGAUUUAGUUUUUGCUAUUUUUUAAAGGCAUCAAAGGAGUGGAGAGUUGUGACCUCAUUUUUAGAAGAGCUAGUCAAAACUGUAAACAAGUCAAAAAGUCGUGAAAGGAAAUCUGAGAAUUUAGUAGUUCUGAACCCAGGUAAAACAUCCAUUUAUGUUAUAGAAAUAAGAGGAUUUUACAGAGUCAAUUCUCUUUUUUUCUUUAAAUUGUGUACAUAGAAAUUUAGUUUCAACUUGCUGUUAAAAUAAGCACACAUUUUUUAAACAAUUUUUUUAGUCCAGUAAAAUGCCACAGAGAAAUACAAUAAAUAGCUGCUGUGUGUUCCCUAAAUUUUUACUUCAACGAAGCAUUGUGGCAGCCACCACCUUUUUUGUUAUUUUGAUAUUGACAUAGCCGUAGCCGAUUAAAUGUGUAAUGCUGUACCUACCCCACCCCAUUCUAUUCGUUCUAAAGAAUGUUAUAGGAUCAUGAAAUUUUGAGAUUUCUUUUCUGGUGGGUUCCUACUUUCUCCCUAUCAAUAAACCAUCGGCUUUGCUAGCCGGGAGAGAGAUUGUUGCUAAUUUUACUAGACACGGGACAUGUUACCAGGAGGCUUACAUAAUUGUACCAUUUGUGUGUGUGUGUAUUUUAAUAAUUUUAUAUUUCGAGGAUUUGACCUUUUCACUUAGUGUGUUGUAUGUUGAUAUAGUUUUUAUUUCUGUAUAUUUGAAUUUGUAAUAUAAUUAAAUUAAAUAUUGUUAGUAUUACUAGCUUUGGUAUAAUUUUUCUUUGUAUACUGGUUUUCAGUCAUAUGUUGCAUGUUGUUCAACACAUGAGCCAAAUCUUAAAACUGAUUAAAUUUGCAAAGCCACAUAACUGUACAUACUACUAUAAAAACAACUCUACUCUUUAGAUGUGCUACAACAGAAAGGUAGACCAAGAGCUCUGACGUUUGAAAAGCACCUUCACAAGCUGCUGGACACUGACCUAAAACAACUUUACACGGCAGUGACACGAGCUCGAGUCAACGUGUGGAUUUUUGAUGAAGAUACAGAGAAACGAGCCCCAAUGUUUGAGUAUUUCAAAGAACUUCACCUGGUGAAAAUUUUAGAUGGAGAAGGCACAGACAAAGAUAAUAAAGGUGUGUUUUUGUGUUUUUUUUUUUCUUUUUUUUUUUGCUGGUUUUUUUUUGCUUUAAAAAAACUAUGCUGAUAUUUUUUAAAAGAGGUUAUAAGGUUAGUUUGUUUUUAGGGUCUUGUUCCCUGGGAUAUUGCUGUGCAAAGUACAACACCAACACUUCAGAACAGUUUAUGUUGUCAAUUCAAAGGGAUUAAUGUAAAAAUUUUUUAAAAGCUCACUUCCUAAGUCUUCUUGGAUUGAUUAUAUUCGUCAAGUUCUUUUCACACGUUGAAUGCGUCGCACUAUUCCUACUAUCACUGAACAAACUCAACUCCUUUUCAUAAUAAUUAUAACUUUAAUGUGUAAGUAAAUAUUAUACACAUAAAACGUGAAUAUAGUGCAGCUCGCUAUCAGACCUAAAUAAUACACAUCCUAUCACUCCAAAGUUCCACUCAAGACUGCCGCACGACUAAAACAUAUGUCAAGAUACUGCAUAGACAAUACGUCACGAAUCAGCAUAAAAAAUACGUAAUAGAGACAAUGGCGGGAAGAGCGUUCACUAACUAUAAGAGUCAAGCGCGGGAAAAGCGUUCAACAACUAAUGAACAUAAUAUUCAGUCGCAACAAUUACUAAUGAACUCCCAUACUCGACAACCUUCAAUCUUCUAAAGGAGAGUAUGAAGAAGUUAUCAUUAAAAUACUCUAGUCAAUCUUCUAAGGGAGAGUAUGAAGAAGAUGCCAUUUAAAUACUCAAGUCAAUCUGCUAAGGGAGAGAUGAAGAAGUUGUCAUUAAAAUACUCAAGUCAAUCUUCUAAAGGAGAGUAUGAAGUAUUUUGUCAUUAAAAUACUCAAGUCAUACUUCUAAAGGAGAGUAUGAAGAAGUUUUUAUUAAAACACUCAAGUCAAUCUGCUAAGGGAGAGUAUGAAGAAGUUGCCAUUUAAAUACCAAGUCAAUCUGCUAAGGGGAGAGUAUGAAGAAGUUGCCAUUAAAAUACUCAAGUUAAUCUUCCACCUUUGUCUGGUUUACACCAGCUCUCGGUCCAGUCACUUACUGAAGAUAACUAAAAAUUAUAAAUUAUUUUUGUAUCAUUUAAUAACUGGGAGAUAAAUCUGUACCAAUAGCUAAGAGGGAGAAAAAAAAAAGAAAAUUAGUAACAGAUAAAAAUGCAUCAGAAUUUUGCUUUUCAAAUUUCUAUUUAAAAAAAAUUUUUAAAAAUAUUAAAACAUGACAAUAGAGACCGACCGAAUUUCGGCUUCGGCCUCGGUUUUGGCGCCGAAAGUGGCCAUUUAUCACUUUCGGCCAAGUUUCGUUUUCGUCCGAAACUGAAAGAUAACUUUGGUUUUUUUUUCUGUUUCAGCCAAAAUUAACUUAGACUUUCGGCCGGACUAAUUCUCAGCAAAAGCGAUAUUUAACAACAACAAACUAAGCGAAAUUUAAGAACAAACUAAACGUAAAUGUUCUUUAAUAACAAAUUAAGUGAUCUUUAAGAACAAACUAAACGAUCUUUAAGAACAAAUAAAGUGAUCUUUAAAAACAAAUAAAGCGAUCUUUAAGAACAAAUUAAGCGAUUUUUUAGAACAAACUAAACUAUAUUUAACAAAAAACUAAGGGACAUUUAAGAACAAAAUAAACGAUCUUUAAAAAAAACUAAGCGAUCUUUAAGAACAAUCUAAGUGAUCUUUAAUUUAAAAAACUAAACAAUCUUAAAGAACAAACUAAGCGAUUUUUAAUAACAAACUAAAUGAUCUUUAAGAACAAAACAUGAUCUUUAAUAAAAAAACUAAAUGAUUUAUAACAAUAAACUAAGCGAUCUUUAACAGAAAACUAAAUGUUCUUUAGGAACAAACUAAAAUAUCUUUAAGAACAAACUAAUUGAUCUUAAGGAACAAAAUCAAUUAUCUAUAAGAACAAAGUAAGAGAUCUUUAAAAACAAUCUAAGCGAUCUUUAAUAAAAAAAACUAAACGAUCUUAAAGAAAAAACUAAGCGAUUUUUAAGAACGAACUAAAUGAUCUUUAAGAACAAAACAAAUGAUCUUUAAUAAGAAACUAAAUGAUUUAUAAGAAUAAAUUAAGCGAUAUUUAACAGAAAACUAAAUGUUCUUUAGGAACAAACUAAAAGAUCUUGAAGAACAAACAAAUCGAUCUUAAGGAACAAAACAAUUAUCUAUAAGAACAAACUAAGCGAUCUUUAUGAAAAAACUAAGUGAUCUUCAACAACAAAAUAAGCUAUCUUUAAGAACAAACUAAAUGAUUUUUAAUAACAAAGUAAAUGAUCUUUAAGAACAAACUAAAUGAUCUUUAAGAACAACUAAGCAAUAUUUAAGAACAAAAUCAAUGAUCUUUAAGAACAAACUUAUCGACCUUUAUGAACAAACUAAACUAUCUUUUAAUAACACAAACUAAGCAAUCUUUCAGAAAAAAACUUUGCAAUCUUUUUUGAACAAACUAAAUGAUCCUUAAUAAAAAAAUGAAAGAUCUUUAAACAAAAACUAAGCGAUUUUUAACGACAAACUAAGCGAUCUUAAAAAAACAAAAUAAAUGAUUUUUAACAACAAAGUAAGCAAUCUUUAAGAACAAAUAAAGCGAUCAUUAACAAAAAACUGAACCAUCUUUAACAACAAACUAAGCGAUCUUUAAGAACAAACUAAACCAUCUUUAACAACAAGAUGUUAUAUUAGAUGUUUAUUUAUUAAUAUUCAUGAUUAUCUAAUUUUUAUAAAAAGAAUGUAAAUAUUUAUACUUUCUUCCAUCAUUUUCGAUGUAUGCAGAAUGUAGGUGGGAACGAAUUUCAAAAUAUCUAAAUAUUUCAGUUUCGGUUUCGGCCGAAAGUCAUUUUUAACGUUCGUCCUUUUUUCGGUUUCGGCCGAAAGUCAUUUUUAAACUUUUGGUCUAUUUUCGGGUUCGGCCGAAAUCAGAAAAUCACUUUCGGUCGGUCUCUACAUGACAAACACACAAAUUAAGACUUAAGUUGUGGCAUCUAUCACAUGGUUUGCUAUGGAUGCUGGUCCUAAGAACUGCAAAGUUGUUUUUUUUCUGUGGUGUACUUAGAUUCAGCUGUUUUGUGUAACAUUUGGGAACCAUAAAAAAAUAAACAUACAAUUUCAUCCGAUACUUGCAGCCUAAAAAUAUAUUUUCUACUAAAUUAUAGUAAAUUUCCACACCAGAUUUUUCUAAAUAACAGCUUCUAAAAAUGUAUGUUUCAUUUCAAGGCAAAGGUUUCAUGGAGACAUCUACCCCAGAGCAGUGGAAACAAGCUGGAGAUAAACACAUGAACCAGAAUCAAUAUAAAUUGGCAGCAAAAUGUUACAAGUAAAGCCAUUGAUAAUGCUUAAUGUUAAACUCUAAAUUAAAAUGUUUUAAUUUAUCAUCUCAUUCAAGUAAAUAAAUGUAAUACAUACAGCUGAUCAAAUUUACUGCCUAUUGCAUACAGCUCAGAGUCAGCUCAGAGUAUUCAAAAUAAAUUCCGGUUGAAGUCAAUAAAACUUUUAAAAAGUGUCCUUUCAAAAUUGUCACAGAAAAGCCAACAAAACACGCCUGGAAAAACUGGCCAAAGCCUUCAUAACAUCUGAGGACGCUGCCAGGGAGGCUAACACUUCAGUGAAAAAAAGCAAACUAUAUCUGAAAGCUGGAGCCCAGUUUUUGUACUGUAAGGCCAUGGAGCAAGCUGUUAGAUGUUUUCAAAAUGCACAUGAAAAUAAAUUUGCUGCAAUCACUUUAGAAAAAUUUGGACGGGUAAAAAAAGUGUUUAAUUUUCUUGUAUUGGAAAUCCCUUAUCUUAAGUCUUCCUUAUCAACCUAUUUUCAUAUUUUUAACAUUUGAAAUUCGAAACACUUUAUUCUGUAUAUGUGACAGCUUACUUACGAUAAUAAUAGCAAUCAUAUGAUGCACAACCUGAUUUUUUAAUUAAAAAAUGACUUAUAAAUCGGAUAUCAAACAUAAAAUAUAUUUUUUGUUACUCAUUGAAAGCUUGAUCAUUUAAGAUUUUUUUAAAUUUCUAGUUCGGCAAUAUGUCAUAGAGAAAUAAUCUGCUAUUGUAUAUAAACGAAAAACUGCCCACAUUUCCAUAUUUUUAGAAUUGGAAAUUCAAAACCUUAGAACCAGUUGUAUCUCAGAAACAAUUAGUAAUUUAAAUCUUAUGUCUUUUCCUCACUAAAACGUAGCCUGGAUAUUUUUUACUGUUAAAAAAAAAAAAGAAAAAGAGUACUGGCUAAACUAAAAAAAUCUACAUUGCUAUAAAAAGACAGGGUAUAGGAAAACACAUUUCUAUCCUUUCGAAAAUGAAAGAGUAGGGACCCAUUUUCAACAAGAUGAUGGUGGGCUUGGUAUUUCUAGAUGAAUCUCAUCAAUAGACAAGCCAUGAUAAUUAGAUAUACCAGUUUUUUAUAAGAUAAAUAAGAUCACUUUAGGUCAUGUCAAUAAUUCUUACUCAACAUACAUGAUAGAAAGCUGACCAAAGGUGUGAAAAUAAAGGAUGAAAUGUAUAACAUUAAUAGAUAGGUGACCCAAGGUCAGAGAGUAAAUUAUGAAAUGUAUAAACCUAUCUGGACAAAGUUGAUUUGAUUUUAUAUAUUGUUAAUAUUUUUUUUUUCAGUUUGAAGAAGCAUCAGAGCAAUACAAGAAAGUCCCUGAUCUUGACAGUGCCACCCACUGCCUUGAGCAGGUUGGCCAGUACAGGCGAGCAAUACACCUGAGGGUGGACAACAACCAGUUUUCUGAAGCUGUGGAUUGUUUGCACAGAUAUCAGAACCUUGUCAAGGUAGACACAUAAUGUUUGAUUUUCUAAAACAUUUAUUUGUGAAUUAUAAUAUUGUUUGUCACUCUAGUGAUGAAAUGAAGGCAGUGUCAGCUCCCUAACCCAGAUGUAUUCCAUUUAUAUUCAUGAAGGGUUGUUUCCAGCCAAGAGUAAAUGUUGGGCUGACAGCAUUCAUAAGUCAUUUAAAGUAACUGUUCUUAGGGAACAGUAAACUCUGAGCAAACAACACAUCAGCUUUUAGGGGCAUAGUUACGACUAGAGCCACCUGGGGCAGGCCAAGAUUUUAGCCAACCCACCCCCCCCCCCUCCUUCUCCUAUAAAAACCCUUCUGCAUUUGGCCAUAAUGCCAAACUACAAUCUAAAGUCAAAAAAGUCCAAUCAUGAUGAAUAACAAAGACAUCAUCUUUUAGGGGCAUAGUUACGACUAGAGCCACCUGGGGCAGGCCAAGAUUUUAGCCAACCCCCCCCCCCCCCCUCCUUCUCCUAUAAAAACCCUUCUGCAUUUGGCCAUAAUGCCAAACUACAAUCUAAAGUCAAAAAAGUCCAAUCAUGAUGAAUAACAAAGACAUCAUGCGAAAUGUUUCUGGCCUUUGAUCUUACAUGUUAUAGCAGCCAUAAUGGUUGUGACCUUACAUGUUAUUAUAAUAUUUAGAAUUUUUUAAAAAAUUAGUAUGUCAGUUAAUUACAAAAUGCUAUUUUCUAAAAUAGUGAUAAAAUUAAAUUUCUGCCAACUAAUUGUCUUGAUUUUUUAAAAAAGACCUUUGAAGUUGAAGGUCAAGCUGUUCCAGACAUUCUUGUUGAGAACAAACCAAGAGAAGAAUACUCUGAGAACAAUUUGUGGCUCAGGUGAGUUGUAGAUCAAUUUUUUUUAUUUUUUUUUUGCCUUUUUUUUUUCUUUCUUAAAAUGAUCAAUGAUUUCCAACCCUUGUUGGAUAAAUUUGAAAAUAAAACCUUGCACAUUGACUUUAGCCAACUCUGGGACAUUAAUCAUGUGAUCUUAAAGUAGUAUAAAAAUGAAAGAAUUCCUAGGGGGCUAUUAAAGCCAGUAAACUGUGGCUCAUUGUUAUGAGUAAUGAGUUCAUGCAAAGGAAAUAAUGAGGCAUGCAUGGGCAUCACUACUGAGUAUCAUAGGAAUGGGCUUGGCCAAGGUUCAUUAUACUUGAUUUUUUUUUUAUCAACUACUUUCAAGCUGACUUCCAAUGGCUUUUCUUUUUCUUUACUUACAUUCACUUUGUAAACUGCUCUCAGCCUGACUUUUAAUAACUUUUUCCUUUAACUACCUUACAAUUCUCCAGGUUGGCUGAGCUUCAACACAGUGAGGGUAAAAUGGAAGACUUUCAUAAAACGGUUGCCAAUGUGACAGAUAAGCAGAAAAAAAUUCCUCUCCUCAAAAAGUUGGAAUUCUGGAAAGAAGCAGCUGAACUGCUGCAUGAUGAUGGUAUUGUUACUGUUAUAUAGGAUGUAUGAUGCUAUUGAUACAGUUGUAUGCUACUGGGGUUACUGUUAUAUAUGAUGUAUAAUGCUAUUGUUACUGUUAUAUAGCAUGUAUGAUGGUAUUGUUACUUUCUGUCGCUUGUAAGUUGAUCUUAUUUUCCCAGGAGCUGAGGAGCAAAGAAAAGAGGCUGUCCAUCUCAUGAUGAGAAGUGGGCAACUGGACACAGCUCUGGUGUAUGCCAAAGAAGGAUUCUUUAAGCCAUUAAGGGCAGCAAUCCACAUUUCCAUGGCAACGGAAUGUAAUAAUGAUGUGAGUUUGAGGAAUUUUGAAAAUGUUCCAUUUAAAAUCUUCUAAUUAGAAAACAAAAAAGAAAAUUAAUAACAGAAUAUCACAGCUUUUAUUCUUGAUACCUCAUCAAAUGUUGAUUGCCCAUCCUCACUACAUACCACAAUCAUGUGUUCUCUUUAUCUUUAAAACUAAAUAAAAAUAUACCAAUAGUUGUUCUACUUUUUUUUGUCACAAAUGGCCCCCCAAUAUUUCAAGGUGGCAAAAUAUUGCUUACCACAGAAAUAAGCAACAAGCCACGCAAGGUAGAGGCCGACCGAAUUUGGGUUUUGGCGCCGAAAGUGGCCAUUUUAUCACUUUCGGCCAAGUUUCCGUUUCGGCCGAAACUGAAAAUUUAACUUUCGGCUUAAUUUCGGUUUCGGCCGAAAGAGAAAAGUUAACUUUCGGUUUUUCUUCGAUUUCGGCUGAAAUUGACUUAGACUUUCGGCCGACUCAGUUUUUUGGUCAUCUAAUACUCAGUGAAAGCGAUAUUUAACAACAAACUAAGCGACAUUUAAGAACAAACUAAACGAUCUUUAAAACAAACUAAGCGAUCUUUAAGAACAUCUAAGCGAUAUUUAAUAACAAACUAAACGACCUUAAAGAACAAACUAAACGAUUUUUAAGACCGAACUAAAUUAUCUUUAAGAACAAAACAAAUGAUCUUUAAUAGUAAACUAAAUGAUUUAUAAGAAUAAACUAAGCGAUCUUUAACAGAAAACUAAAUGCUCUUUAGGAACAAACUAAAAGAUGUUUAAGAACAAACUAAUUGAUCUUAAGGAAAAAUCAAUUAUCUUUAACAACAAACUAUGGGAUCUUUAUGAACCGACUAAGCGAUCUUUAACAACAAACUAAUCGGUCUUUAACAACAAACUAAGCAAUUUUUAUGAACUAACUAAACGAUCUUUAAGAACAAAUAAAGCGAUCAUUAACAAAAACGGGACGAUCUUUAACAACAAACUAAGCGAUCUUUAAGAAAAAAACUAAAGGAUCUUUAACAACAAACUUGGCGAUCUUUAUGAAUAAACUAACCAAUCUUUAAGUAAAAUAAAGCGAUCAUUAACAAAAACUGGACGAACUUUAACAAAAAACUAAGCGAUCUUUAAGAACAAACUCACAAUCUUUAAGAACAAACUAACCGAUCAAUAGCAAGCAACUAACGAUCUUUAACAAAAAACUAAACCAUCUUUAAAAACAAAUAAAGUGACCUUUCAGAACCAAUUAAGCGAUCUUUUAGAACCAUAUCAGAACAACAAUUUUUAGAGACCCGGUUUAAAAAAAUCAUAUUUUUCAUUUAUUUGGCCCCCCCACCCCCAUUUUUUUUGGGCCAAAUUUUCUCUUACCAUACUAAUUUUUUAAAAAUUUAAAGCAAUUUAAAUUACUUUUAUAUUAAAAUGGUAAAAUCCAAAGUAUUCAUUAGAUCAAGGGUCUCAAACUCAAAUCAUCAGGGGGGCCGCAGGAGUUAGUGUCUGAAUGAGAGUGGGCCACAUCAAGUAAUCCACAAAAAAGCGAUUACAACUGUUACAAUCUGCUCAACCUUUAUAAAUAACUAUAAAAUCAUUAAGGGUUCUCAAGAACUAGGAUUCACUUUCAUCCACCUACUCACUGUUGUAUACAAAAAUAUAUAAAAACAUUUAAAAAUAAAAAAAAAAAUCAGAAUUAGACUAGUCGGUGAGAUUCGACUGAAACCGUCGCGGAGAGUCACGUUAUAGAUAUGAGAAUGGGGGAAAAGGGCCGGCGCAUUUACACUAAACUUUUCUGUCAUGUAGCGGGCCGCAAAAUAUCGUCUUGCGGGUCACAAAUGAGUUUGCGGGCCGCGAGUUUGAGACCCCCAUAUUAGAAGUUUAUUUAUUAAUAUUCACGAUUAUCUCAUUUUUUUAUAAAAAGAAUGUAAAUAUUUUUACUUUCCCACAUCAUUUUCGAUGUAUGCAGAAUGUAUGCGGGAACGAAUUUCAAAAUAUCUCAAUAUUUCAUUUUCGGUUUCGGCUUUGGCUUCGGUUUCGGCUGAAAUUCAUUUUUAACUUUCGGCCUUUUUCCGGUUUCGGCCGAAAGUCAUUUUUAAACUUUCUGCAUUUUUUCAGUUUCGGCCGAAAGUCAUUUUAAUCUUUCGGCCUAUUUUCGGCUUCGGCCGAAAUCAGAAAAUCACUUUCGGUCGGUCUCUGACGCAAGGGUGUGUUGUCUCUUCUCUCUGCUAUACACUAUAAAACUAAUGGCAUAAAGAGCUCAUACAAUACUAUUUAACUCAUUUAGUUUGCUUAUUAACCACCGUCUUGCCCUAAUAUUUGAAAGGGAAAGUUUAUAUUGCAAAUUAGUUACAAACUUUAUUCUUGUGAGUUAUGAAGAUUUUCUUAAGUAAAAUGUAUUUUAAAAAACCAAUGAGCACCAAAUUUCAGAUCUUAAAAUAAAGCAAGUCACUAAAAAAAAUUAGCUAUUUUGCCAUGACCACUGAAAAAUUCUCUGGGAGAAAGUGAAUUAAUAUUUUAUCUUAAUAAAUUAAAUAACUGUGGCAACCACAAAGAAACAAAUUUAUUUUAAAAUAUUUUACGGUCCAACAGUUGUAAGGCUUAUGAGCUUCAGUGCUACCUGCCUGUUUUGGGAAUUCAUUGUUUCUCCUAAAAAACACACGUUACAUUGAUUUAUUAAGACUGGAUGUAACGUUUUAAAAAAAUUAACAUACAAAAUUAUUUGCAUUAUAAAAUAAUUAAAGCGGAAUGCAUUUGUACAACCAGAAUAUAUUAGGAGGAUGCAUGUCUCACAUUACAUCCCUCACACUACAUCCCUCACACUACAUCCCUCACACUACAUCCCUCACACUACAUCUCUCACAUAAAAUCAAAGUUGCUUAAAAGAUUGUCUCUGUCAGGUCAAACUGUUCUUUCAAAGUAAGGACCAAAAGAUAUAAAAAUUUAAUUGUUCCCAAUCUGCCAGUGGUGGUUCUCAGGCUGUUUUGAAUAAUCCUGCUUAUUAUUGUAAUUAUGGAAGUGAGCUUUUUUGUGUUUGUAAAAACUAAUUUUUUCUGUGGAGAUAUUUACAAGCCCAAAAAUGAAUAUAAAUAUUAAGACAAAUUUCCAUUUUUUUUAAAUUAAAAAAAAAGUUUGAUCUUAGCUCAUAGAUAUUCUGGGCUUGUCAUUUCCUCCCAAUAUAUGCCCUGGGGUGGCAUUAUUAUUGAUUGCAUUAUAAUGCCAAUAAAUAUUCUGUUGUGAGCGUUUCUCAAUUACAUACAACAGGAUUUUAAUAAAAAUUAUGUAUGUUUUUAGAAACUAUUGAAAAUGUGUAAAGUAUGUUACAAAAGUUCUCAAUAUAACAGGAUAUACCUGAAAAACACUGCAAUACUCAAACACCUGAACAGCAAAAUGUUUGUUUAUCUCCAGCUCAAAGUAAAAGAAAAUUUCACAGCAGCCCAAGAGAUUUAUGGUGAACUGGGAGACCGUCACGGUCAAGCUCUUGCAACACUGCUGCUUGGACAACGGACAAAGGAUCUGAAACAACUAAGAGAAGGUAUAUGUUAACUGAAAUUGAUGUACAAUGGAGGAACACUGUCAGCUGAUAGUGCACAGAUCUUAAACAGAGAUGGAAGAAAUCAAACUUAAUUUCUUCAUUACAAUUGUUUUAAAACUCCAGGUUUAAAAGACAUCUGGCUAAAACAAGGAAAACUAUUGAACGGUCAUGUCUAUUCUUUUUCCAGCUAACAAACUGUUUGAUGACCCAGAUUCCCCACAUUUACCUGGCCAACUGGAAAGCUUUGUUGCAAUUGCUGAACUGUUCAGAAACAAAUUAAUGCUUUUAGAUGAUUGCAGUGAUUUCAUUAAAAAUAUCAUUGGCUUAGGACAGAAGGUGAGACCAUGGGUUCAUUAUUGUUACCUGCCUGAUCAAAAAUAUCAUUUAAAAAAUUGUUUAAAACAUUUUAAUAACCCAUUAAAUUUAGUUUAAAAUGUCAAACAUAAAGUGUUUUAUUUAAAAUGAAAUUUUACACCCCCCCACCCCCCACCCCCUCCAUUCCAACGCACGAAAAGAUGUGGACAUUAUUAGUUUGAAAUCCAUUGGUAUUUUAAAAGCAAAUUCGAAGUUAAGUUUACCAAGUUUGGGCACAAUGCAACAAUUUACAUAACAGCUUGGAUUUUACCUUCAGCCUUCUUGUAUAACUUUGGCUAUUGUAAGGAAAAUACAUUUUACAACCUUCUACACACAUUUGGAACUUUCUAGACACUUAAAAAAUAUCUUUAAAUUUAAUUUAAUAACAUUUGAGGAAAAAUCACAGAAACAAAAGAGACAUAUCUAAAGGACAUUUUUAUAAUAUUAAAAACUUUUUUUUUUUUAAUUGAAAGCUCUAGAGUAAGGUAUAGUCUAAACUUCAAGACUUUAAAAAUUUAAUUUUAAAAAAAUGAAAAAAAUAUUAAAACUUAUAUACUUAUUAAAUACUAAAACUUAUAAAAACAAAAUGCCCCAACUCUCAGCGUUUUCCAUGAAAUUUAUUGAACCGUUCUAAAAUGUGACUUUUAACGAUCAGUAAAAUAGGGAACCUAAACAGUCCAUUCAAGUGCAUUUGUACCCAGUUUGAUCUAGCUCUAUCUAUUCAUUUGUAAAUUUAUUUAUGUAUUUCAUAUAAAAAACAAAAUCUGGUCCCCCAACUCUGAACAGUUUUUUAUUUUAAAAAAUUCGAACCCCAUCAACAUUUUCUUCUGGAUAAUGAAGAGAAACAACUAUGUGGCCCAAGUUUCCAUCAAUCCAUGUAGAAAUUUCUGUGAUACAACCAGACACAUUUUCUCAUGAAUAUAUUAGAUACAUGUUAUACCAGAAAGAUACAUGGAUGAACAUUUGAAAUAUUUUUUAGUUAUUAUUUUUUUUAUUUAGAACAUUCAACCAAUUACAAAUCAACCUUUACAUGUUGAUGAAUACCGGUAUGCCGUUUUUAUAGUAUUUCAUUGUUCAGUGUCUUGCACCAUUUUUAACUGUAACACUCCCAUAACAUUUUCUGAUUACUUAAAAUCUAGACAGAAACUUAUUGUGUUAAGAAUAAGAAGCUUAUAAAUGAAUGUUCAACCAAUACAUUUUUUAAUUAAAAAGAUCAUUCUACUCUGGACUGAAAAUGUUACAUGUGUAACACAUGAUACCUUUGAGACAUUGCUAUACUCAUAAAAUGCACCCACCCAUUCAGUGACAUAAUUUUUUUGGAGCUAAAUCACAAAUUUAUUAUUUAUGCGUACUUCAUUUUAUUAUAUUUUUUUUCAUCUUUACCAAGUUUAUACAAAUUUUGUACGGUGGUAAAAACAAACAAUGGCAAAACUAUGUGGAAUUCUAUGGCCUGGAGCUCGAUGUGACAAGGCAGAAGUUGACAUGGUAUCCACACCAACAUCCAUUAUACGAGAAAAUUCAAAAGCAUGAUGUUGCUGCCAAGUAUUACACAGUGGACGUAAUAGAGGUAAGUUCUUUCUUUUCUUACUUCUUUAUGCCUUUUUACCCCAUGUGGGGCAUAGGCCGUCCACAAGAAUUUUCUAUUUAUCACGGUCCUGUGCAUUCCUUUCCAGUCGCUUCCAGAUUUAUCCCAUAUUUUGCAUGUCUGCCUCUAGCUUGCAUCUUCUUGUAUUCUUAGGCCUUCCUCUCUUUCUUUUUACCUUUGGAUUCUAUGUUAGGGAUUGUCUGGUGGAGCUAUUUGGGGUUUUUUGGAGAGUAUGCCCUAUCCACUUCCAUCUUCUCUUUAUGAUGUCUUCAUCAAUGGGCACCUGGUAAGUCCUUUCUAUCAGAUCUUUGUUGGUGAUGGUAUUUGGCCAUUUGAUGUUCAGGAUCUUUCUCAGGCAUGUGUUUAUGAAGGUCUGCAAUUUUUGCUUACUGCUCGCUGUUGUUUUCCUAGUUUCUGUUCCAUAUAGUAGAACUGGUUUGACAUUUAAUUUGUGUUAAAGAUUCUGUCUUUGGUUUGCCGCUUCAGCUCCUAGACUCUCAUUUUUUUUUAAUAGCACAGAUGCUGAUCUAGCUUUUCCAAUUCUAACCCUUACAUCCGUGUUGGAUCUGCCAUUUGUGUAAGUUGUGGAAAAAAAGGGUGAAUUAGUUUGUAGAACAUGGGUGAGUUGGUGUGUGGAUUUUAGUUGAGUUGGUGUGUAGAAAAUGGGUGAUUUAGUGUGUAGAACAUGGGUGAGUUAGUGCAUAGAACAUGGGUGAGUUGGUGUGUAGAACAUGGGUGAGUUGGUGUGUAAAACAUGGGCAAGUUGGAGUGUAGAACUUGGAUGAGUUGGUGUGUAGAACUUGGAUGAUUUGGUGUGUAGAACAUGCGUGAGUUAGUGUGUAGAGCAUGGGUAAGUUGGUGUGUAAAAACAUGCAUGAGUUAGUGUGUAGAACAUGGGAGAGUUAGUGUGUGGCACUGAGGUGAGCUAAUAUGUCGCACUGAGUUGAAUUUGUGUAAAAGGCUUCUAAUAGUGGCUUCAACUUUCAUGACCUCCUAUUAUUAAAAAAAUAUGUUUGAUACUUUUACUGAUUCACAAAAGCCAGCAACUAAAUAAAUAAAUAGAGAAUUAUUAUAAUUAUUAAAACCCAAGUUUAAAACAGUUAGUAUAGUUUAUUAAAAUAAACUCAUCUCCCUCCCAAAACCCAAAAGAUAUAUGCUACCAUGCUUGAACACUCCACUCACCAUUUAAACACCCUCAUACCUUAGUAUUCGACAUAUUUCUGGACCUUAUUUAUGAAAACAUCAUAUGAUUACCACUCAGAGCUAAAUGUUUGCGUUUCAUUUAUAUAGUCAGUGAGAAAUAUGUCAUGCCCCUUCACAGGCUGUCAAAGUGCUAACCAGAUAUACGCUGGAGAGCAUCAAGGAGCUGACAAAAGGUGUUCGAAGAAGUUUACAGCAACUGAUUGAGCAGAGAGCACAGAAGAUAACCUGUAAAAUAUUCCAUGAAGAGCUCAAAUGUGAUCAGACAUCCUGCAAGAAUCAACACAACUAUCAUUCAAACAAGGACACUGAUAGAGCAGCGGUUCUCAAUUUGUUGAUCUUAAAUGUGAGAAUUUUUGUAGAAUUGAUUAUAUUUUUAGCAAAGAUUACUUAGUAUCAAUUUAAAAACAUGGCCCGUAUCAUAUAUAAAUGGUAUAUAUAUCUGUUACAAACCUGUCUCUUCAGAUAGAUUGAUUCUAAAUAUUUGAUUUUACAUCAUUACACAGUCUCAAUAAAACAAAUUUACACUAUCAGUAAAUUAGAUAACACUAUAAUCUGUAACAUGCUAUCUCAUCUCACUGGAAUUUUUUACACUUUAGUUAUUACAUUGGAAUACCUAACAGUCUGUAAGCAACUAUCUCACUUGAUAAUAUCACACUAUAAUCUUUCACCAACUAUCUCACCAGGUUGAGUUAGACAACAAUUUGUUCCAAGCAGCUGACAUGCUAGAAAGGUGUGGCAUGGCGGAAAUGAAGACAAUUCUUCUUGAAGAAUCCAAUUGGAAAUCAGUGGAAAGAUUGCUAGAGUUUCUAGUUCCUUCUAGACCCUACCCUGAUCCUGACAUAGAACAAGUCUUGAAGUUUGUUGCAACUAUUGGGAACUCAAAGGAAACCCUUGCCCAAGUAGAAAGGUUGAAAUUUUAAGCUUAAUUAAAUAGGUGUUUCAAUAAUCAAGUCAGCAGAUAACUGAGUAAUCAUCAAUCAAUUAAUAUUAUUUUAAAAAUUAAUGUUAAAAGGAGUUAAAAUCACCUGGUUUGAUGUUUUUUCUGAAAAAAAUGUCACCUAUCGGCAGUGUGAUUGGUCAUAUUGUAAGCGCUCACUAUAAAAACUACAUCAUUUUUUAACACUCUCCCAGUGAGAGUGUCUGUGUUUCCAUAAUUCUUCACUUCUACCAUGUCAGCAGUGAUAUAGUUUCACACCAUCCUGUAGCAAAAUCUUAGCACCAGGCAUACUUGCAUUGUUAUAACAAAUAACCAGUUCUAAGAAAUGGCUUGCCGUGGAGCAGUGUUUCUUGGAAAUCACUGUUUGAUGAAUCAAAUUACUAUUUUACUUGAUUCAAGCAUGGCAUUGAAAACAUAGCAUUGUAAGGAAACUACAAGCAGAACGAUGUGGGGGUUACAAUGAGAGGUCCAAUAGUCAUAGGUCAAGGACCGGCUCAGUAAUAAUUUGGUAAUGAAAAUGGGUUUAUUCAUAGGUAAAUAGUUUCACAGGUCAAGUAUUUCAUGUUACAAUUUUUCUUGAAUACACAUCAAAAAGCUUUCUUAGUUAAAUAUCAAUUCAAAUACUCAUCAAAUAUUCUGAACCUUUUAACAAAUGGCCGACCAAAUAUCAUUAAAUAGAGAAACAAUUACUGGAGCGUUAAAAUGUUGUGUUCUCUCCCCUGUCCUGUAUACACUAUAUACCAAAAAAAUCCAGUGCCUAGGCAACACCGUUCCAAUCAUUACAUUUUGCUGAUGGUACCAUCAGUGUUGGCUUAAUAUCUGAAGGAGAAUUUGAUACAGUGACAUAGUUAACAAUUUUAUACUGUGACAUAGUUAAAAAGUUGAUUCUGUGACAUAGUUAAAAAUUGAUUUUGUGACAUAGUUAAAAAAAAUUGAUCCUGUGACAUAGUUAAAAAGUUGAUUCUGUGACAUAGUUAGAAAGUAGAUUCUGUCACAUAGUUACAAAGUAGAUUCUGUGACAUAGUUACAAAGUUGAUUCUGUGACAUAGUUACAAAGUUGAUUCUGUGACAUAGUUAAAAAGUAGAUUCAGUGACAUAGUUAAAAAGUAGAUUCUGUGACAUAAUUACAAAGUUGAUUCUGUGACAUAGUUAAAAAGUAGAUUCUGUCACAUAGUUAAAAAGUUGAUUCUGUGACAUAGUUAAAAAGUUGAUUCUGCGACAUAGUUGCACGCUUUUUUUUUGUUGGAGAUAAAAAUCCUCUUCACUUGAUUUCUGUUUGGGGGAAUCAAUCAAUUGCAGAUCUAACAAUAUAAUACAGUAUAGAGCAAGUAGAGAAAUAAAAUUACCUAGGGUCAACACACACACACAAAAAUCUUAACAUGGCAUGCCCAUGACCUAAUUCUGUAUAAAAAAAGUAAACCAAAGACUUUCCUAUCUUAAAAAAUUUAUACAAUUUUGGAGUUAACAAAUUGUAAAAAUAUUCUUCAGUGCAACAAUACGAGGACUAUUGAACUUCAGCAGUAACUGCUGGUGUGGGAAUUCAACUAAUACUCUUAAAUUGACUUAUCAAGAGAGCAAGUGAUCUCACACAAACAAAACUACUUUCACUUGAAGAAAAUGCAUUUGUAAAGCUAAGAAAAUUUUGGAGGAUACAUUACACCCUCUUCAUCACAGAUUCCUAAGACCAGCUCGAUCAGGGAAAAUUCUUUCCCUCAAAGUUAGGACCAAAAGAUAUAAAAAUUUAGUUUUUUCCCCACUUUUUCAGUAUUUACCAGCGUUAUCCCCCAUCGAUUACAAAAUCUGGAUAAUUACUCUUAAAUUCUAUUUAGUUACCAAGGGAAAAAAAUUUGGGGUAUAUAGGACAGCAAAUUUUUGCCCUUGAGAAAUACUUUAGAUGUCUUGUGUUAGUCUAGUUUUAAAUCUUGUAUCUGUAAAAAAUAUGUGCUUAAAAUAAAUUAAAUUUGCACAAUUUAAUCAAAAAACAAUUUCAUUUGUUUGGAUCAUUAAAAGAAUGUUAUCAUAUCAACUUUGAUCAAUACAGAUAUGCACAAUUUAGGGCGAUAUUCAAUCAAUUUUUUAAAGCUAAAAUCAAAAUAGUGAAAACAAUUGCAAUGUACAUAUAAUUUUAAAGUCUAAAGUUUAAAAACCGCUGAAAGUAAUUUUUAUUAUGCUACUCUGAAAGCAUUUUCAUGGAUGGAAUUAUUUUUUUUAUAUUUUUUGAUAAGUCUAUCCAAAGAUUCUGCUAAUACUAAUUAAAUUAUCAGAAUUAAAAUUUAAAAUUAAUUUUCGUAUUGAUGUUGAUAAAGAACUUGUUAUGAGGCUAUUUGAUAAUCACUUUUUGUACUAACUAAAAUUUUGAAUUUUCCUUAUAUCUUUUCAUUGAUUUUUGUUCAGAUAUUUUCGGUUUCGGUGGGUAGAUGUAAACACUCACAUAGAGCCAAUGGUAAUGGUGAGGUCAACAUGCUGGGUAACUAAAGCAGUGUUUUGGUCAUCUUUGCUACAAUUGAAGAUAGAUGUACAGAAAGAAGUUAUACGAUUUGAGGUAAGCCUUCACAGGUGAAGUAUUUAUGCUAAAUUUUCAAAAAAUAAUGACAGCAUUGGAAAAAGAAAACAGUAGGCAGUGUAAUAGAAGCCCGACCCAGCAGGCAGCUCCCAGAGAAAGGGCCAACAUACAGACACAGACAGCUCCCAAAGAAAUGGCCAACAUACAGAAGUCAGACAGCUCCCAGAGACAAGAUCAACAUACACAAAUCAGACAGCUCCCAGAGAGAAGGCUAACAUACACAAGUCAGACAGCUCCAAGAGACAAGUCCAACAUACACAAAUCAGACAGCACCCAGAGACAAGACCAACAUACAAAUCAGACAGCUCCCAGAGACAAGACCAACAUACACAAAUCAGACAGCUCCCAGAGACAAGACCAACAUACACAAAUCAGACAGCUCCCAGAGACAAGACCAACAUACACAAAUCAGACAGCUCCCAGAGACAAGAUCAACAUAUACAAGUUAGACAGCUCCCGGAGAAAUGGAAGAUCAACAAAAGUAGACUUUUCCUCCCUUCUGCUACAUCAAGCACAUGAGGCCUUUACAAAUGAUGAACUUAAAUACACAAGACCUUCCUGUUAAAAACCCAUGUCACUAGACAGAACUGAAUAGAAUAAAAAAAUUUACACUGGUCCUGAAAUCUAAACCAGUUAUCAUGUUAGUAAAAGAUGUAUAUGGACAAAGAAAUAUUUUUAAGUCUAAGAUGAAUAACAAAAACUUAUUAAAAAAUAUUUGCCUGGCAUUGUAACCUGUCAAUUAAUUGAUAAUUCAUUUGUAGACUAAAAUCAUUGAGCGAACUUUAAAGAAGAUUAUAAAACUUGUCCCAAAUUCAUUUUGUACUGAAACAAAUAAUUUUAUGAUUUUCAGAGUCAAAUAAGUCAGAAAUUGACCAAUAGAAGUCCUGAAAACUUAUCAUCUCUGGGACUGUAUCUGUCAGAAGCUGAACCAGGAGGUCAACAACAGAUGCACUUUGCUGGCUCAUUGUUUAUGCAAUCAUUCAACGAGAUCAGCUGCUCAGGGGACAUGCACAAGUCAACCAACCUUUUUAUAGAGAUGAUGAACCUUAUUGGUCAGUGUGGUCAGGGAACAAGGCUGCCAUCUUCAGACUUGGAGUACAUCAUUUUCUGGAUGGAAUUUCAUUUUUGUGUGUCCAUCUUUACCUUGGCCAAUGUAAGUUUUUAAGAAUUUACAUUUAUCUUCUCCUAUUAGUGAACCAUCAGUUCUUUUAAUUUUUUAAUUCUCUAACCCAAAUCUGAUUUUAUGUAAAUUUCCUCUUUCUUCUUACAAUAAAUAAGAUUAAUUUUUUAUAUAAAUUGUGAGAUUUUUUAUAUACAUCCCAACUUGUACUGACAACUAUAUAAUGUACAUUACCUUUCAUAUUUUUACUUCUAAUGUACCAGCAUUGUGACAGUUUUAAGAGUAAUAUGGUGACAGUGAUUGUUCACCUGAGUUGAAGAAACCUAAAACUUUCUGUCCCUAUUGAUUAUACACAGCUGAUUUCAUUAUUUUAUAGAUCAACAUUAUUUCUUUAAAAUGUAACUUGGAAUUUUAAUGAAUAACACCUUUCUGAGUUUUUCCCAUCUAAUAUUUUUUAAAAUUUUGUUAUAUCAGUUACAUAGGAAGCAGGCUUUCUACUUGCCCAAUUCUUUGUUGACUCGGGUCAAUCUGAUCAACACCUGUAAAAAACAAAUGGAUUCAAAACAUUCAGACAAAACAGUGCUGCAGGCUGUUUUAGAGCAACAGCUUUAUUCUGAUAAUGCCAUUAUGGAGACACUAAAUGAUCUGAUCAACAUUUUACUUGGCACUGAGGAAAGGUAAAUAAAACAUUUCUCUCACACCAACAGCUAGUUUCUUUGGGUGUCAGGCGCAGCCGCGCAGCAUCUCACAGACGCCGCGCAGCAGUUUUGAGUACCGGCAGCUAAUUUCCACUUAAGUUUGUGUUUGUGUCUGAAGGCUGUAAAAUUUUGCACACAACUUUAUGAUUUUGCACACAAACCAACAAACCUUAGAGGGAACAUUGGUGUCAGGAUAAUUUGGUCCCCGCACCAUGUUGGUUACUUGCCUUUCAGCUUUGGUGGUUGGUGUUUUCACCUCCUCCCCAAGAGUAACUAGCCUGCCGGGCUGGCUGACAUGUCCAUCUCGCCUUGAUGUCUGCUAAUAGCUGGGAGUAGAGCAAAGUAACUGUAAAGCCAUGGCUGUGUCUCAUACACUAAUCACACAUUUGUGACCUCCCCCUUUCCCCUCUAGAUGGAUGAUGCCAUUUAUAGAUGUACCCUUAAUCCAAGGGUUAACAAAUAAAAUCAAAAUAUAUUUUAAACUUUGACAUAUACUAUUUAUGAAAUUAAAUCAUUUAUCGACCAAUCUACAUAGCAUAUUUCAGUUUUGUAUUUAACAUUUUCAGCAGUUUCAGUUUGUUUCGAUAUGUCAAAGGCCUGUGUAAAGGAAACAGUGCUGAGAACCUCCUUGCUGAAAGAAUCCUUAUCUUAACUCUGGUGACACUACUGAACAUCCCAAACCACUAUGUCAAUGAGAAAUUUGAAGUUUGUAUCAGGAAAAAAUUAUUCCAGGUAUGAGUUCAUUGUUUUUAUGAUGAAAAUAUAAAAUAGUUCUUCUGUUAUGCCUUAAUUACUUAAUUACUUCUUGGCCCCAAGGUGGCAGGACAAAGUCCCAAAUACAGUGGUCCUACAAUGGGUUAAUUUGAUCAGCAUCCAGACGCUCCUACAAAAGGGGCAAGCCAGAUGGGCAGGGCAUGUUUCAAAAAUGCCAGACAGCAGACUUCCCAAAAGAGUAAUGUUUGGUGAAGUCUACAGUGGGAAAAACUCAGCAGGUGGGCUGAAAAAACGCUUUCAAAGACUGUCUUAAUGCUUCAGCCAAAUCCAUGGACAUUUACUCAAAUCCAUGGACAUUGACCUUGAUUCAUGGGAAAUACUUGCUAUGGAUCAUACAAGAUGGUUUGGCAAACUCACAGUUGGAGCACAAUCCUCGGAGAAUAAAUGCACUGCUCAUGCCGAAAGUAAGCGCACUGCAAGGAAAAGCAGAAUGGACUCAAAUCAUACUAGGUCCCAAAACAACAUGUCCCACAUGCAGAAAAUCAUUCCAGGCACAAAUGGAACUGGCAGGUCAACUGUGUACUCACUGUGGAAUAUAGCCUUGGUCAUCUUCACUUGCAUAGUACAACAACAAUUACUUGUAAAUUUGAUAUUUAAGUUUUAGAUUCAUGUGUUUAAAAAUCACAUUUUUUUAGCAAUAUUUCCUAUUGUUAAUUUCAGCUGGAUUUUAAAUUAGUAUCUCAACGAGUUCUACAAAAUCUCAUUCGUGAGGCCAAGAAAAGUAAAAGUUACAGUGACAUAGCCAGAAACCUGCAGCAGUUCUUCCACAUUCAGAAACACAAUGACCUCAGGUAUUGUAUUUGGCAUGGCAAGGGGAACAACCCGCUGGGGUUAAAGCAACUUGACCUCUCAAGGUUUUCUAAAAUAUCUUUCUACAAUCAUGAUAUAGCACAGAGGGGGAAGGAGGAAAAGGUAAGACACUAACAGUUGCUGUUAUUUUCUGUUAUAUUUAUUUCACAACUUGUUCCUUACUCAAUAUAUACAUGAAUAUAAAGUCCAGUGCAGGCUUAUCAGAAUUCGUGGUUGUAAUGGUGAUAAUUAGCUUGUUAAUGUGAAUUUUUCUUGGUACAUUGCUGUCUUCAAGGAGGGUUUUGAGUGUGGCCAUUUUAUCACUCGGUGGUUCAAUUCAGUAACCACAUCAGUCAUAGUUGCAGUUCAGUAGUCACACACAUUAAUUGAGGUAAAUGAAUAAUUAUGAAAAUUAGAUUCUAACUUUUAUUUAUAAUGAUGCUCCAUUUAUUCUUUAAAAAAAGAAAAACUCAUUCUUGUCUUUUAUUUAAGCAUAACAUAAAAAUAAUAGCUGAAUUAACUAUGCUUAUAUUAAAUUUAUGGGAGAAAAUUCCGCUGUAGCAUAGCAAGUGGGGGGAGGGGGUGCACCGUGGUGGCAUCCGCUCCCACCCCCACCCUAAAACUGAGACCAAUUUUGCAAAAGUCAUGCCUUUUUAACAAGUGAAACCUUUUAUUAACUUUUUAUAAAUUAAAAAAAAAAAAUUAAACAAACUUUUGAUUGAUUAAGAAAAAAAAAGUUUUUUCAUGGAUGUAAUUCCUGGGAAACAAAAUACUUAAGAUGACUUCCAACAACAUUAGCAAUAUCCAACAUGUCUCCACUACUGGCCUUGCCCCAUCCUUAAUUGUAGCUCUGAUUAAAAAAUAUGGCGUAGAUAAGAAAUAAAUGUGCUAUACUGGAGGGUUUCAAUUAUGUUCAACCUGGAAGCAGUUUUCUCCAGGUAUUUUGAGUCAAUACCCGUCGGGUCUGAGUCCGGGUGUUAUAAAAAGAGUUAUCUUCUUUUUUUCUGUACUGGGUAUGUAUCACCCAUUGACGUUAAGUGAAAUGUGCAAGUAUUGAAACAGGAGCGAUCGCGGGGCAUCAUGUUUGAAGGACUCAAUACACUAAUAGCUUAAUAAUUUAAUGCUUACCCAGUGGAUUUAAACCUUUUUAAGUGCCGCAACCCCUUUAUCGCCAAAUUGUUAUCAUCCAAAAACAGAAUUAUACCUUUAAAUUGAAAAUGGUCUUGUAAAAAAAAGGGGGUGGGGCAGAGCAUUUUUGUAGUUAAAAUGGCUUCGAUGCUGUGACUUUAAUUGAGGUUGGAGGGUUCUGUAGAGGGGGCUCUGUAAGUCAAUCCCCAGAGAAGUAUUGGUCAAUUCACACACCUGAUUUUAGUUUUGGGUGAAAGCUGUCAACUUUUAAGUUUAAGCACACAAAAAGGAAACAAGAUACAAAAAAAAAUUAUUCAUAUCAUUUUAGUUUUAAAACAUGAAGAAAAAAAGCUGCCAAAAUAUUUGUAUUAAAUUAGCUGCUGACAUCUACCUAAGUCUAAGUACAUCUUAGUUUUAUUUUUUGUUAAUGAGCAGUGGUGUGGUCAGAGUGUCGUAACAAUUAGUAGCUGUUAUGCUCACUGUUAAUAUUAUUUAAAUUUUAAAAUUAAAAUUCGAAUAAGACAAAAAUGCAUUUUAGACACAAGAACCCCAUUUCAAAUUAGAGAAAUUCACAAUCGAUCUUUGCAGUUUCAUUUAGUUUACAUUUGGUUUUACACCAAUUGCUAGUUAGUUUAUAUUAUUAUUAAUUUAAUUCGGUUAAACUAUACAAACAAUUAUGUUAAAAAAAGAAAAGAUGCACGCACCCUUCAUUUCUCAUGGAACACAUUAUAGAAAAUGACAAGACAACUCUUUCCUUAAACACCCUGACCCGGUUCCGUUUUCACUCUUCCGGGGAUGUGCUGGGUGUGUUAAUACUCGGCAUUUCCGAGUAUCCUUGUCAGUAACCGGUUCAGACGUAAUUUCAAUCUUAUGAAAAUAAACUAUCCGGUUUACCAUUCAAUGAUUGUGUGACAGUAAUGCUGAGAUCCAAUGAGGGUCCUUGUUUAAGGUGGAGGAAUGAUAGGAUAUCCUUUUUUUUAAAACUGUUUUUUAUAAUUUUAAUGAAGUAUUUUAAACUUAAACUAAUUAAAAAGUUAAAAUAAAAAUGAUUCAACAGCAUUUAUGUUUUCUCUAAUACCAAAAAUUCAGGAUUUAUAUAAUUAUUCCGUUCAGGGAACCUAAAUUUCCAUAAGCUGUUGCUCUCCGAUUAAAAGUAUAGCAAUAAAAAAAUCUAAAUUCCAGUAUGCGCAGAAACAUACCUGAAUUUUGAAUUUAUGAAAACUUUUCUAGAGUAGGGGUCUUUUCGCCACAUUUUUGGCCCCCUCCUCGAUUAAGUUUUCAGUGUAGGCAACUUUUUUGGCGCCACGACUUGUCUGGGGACUCUGUUCCCUAUACCUACGCCCCACUCGUAACUAAGCCUCUGUUUGUGUGGGCCUUUUUAAACGAAUAUAAUUUUCGCUCCCCCUAGCGGCAAAACCUGGCUACGCCUGUUAUCUCUGAAAUAUUUUCUUUACCUUUUCAUUGCCAAAAUUAUCUUCUCUCAAAAUUGAAUGUAUGGUUUAUAACUGAUAAUUAAAUACUCGUUGAUACUCGUUAAUAUUUGUUGAUAUGUUAAUUGUUAUGAUGUAAAGUUAUCCCAAAUUGAGUCUCUAUCCACUAUAGUAUUAUGCCAUCAAUAUUGUUAGAUUUUAAAAAUUGGUUAUGUUUAUGAUAUGUAGUAUGUAGGCCUAUGCUGGGUUCAACUUCUGUGAUAUGUUUGCUGCACUCAAACACUUGAUUUAUGUAGUUGACUUUUUCCAUAGUUGAAUUUCCCCUUAGUUGUUUGAUUUAAGUUUUGACAUUAUAUUAUCAAUCCCCAGCAACAUGGAGCUCCACAGCAAAAACCCAUGCAGCAACCUGACGCUCCACAGCAACAACCCAUGCAGCAACAUGGAGCUCCACAGCAACAACCCAUGCAGCAACAUGGAGCUCCACAGCAACAACCCAUGCAGCAACAUGGAGCUCCACAGCAUUAACCCAAUCAAUAACAAUCCACGCAAUAACAGCAACCAACACAAACUUCCUACUCUCAACCCAGUGAAAUUAGAGUCAACCCCCAAACUGGCCAGCCCAGACAACAGCGACUAAUGGAAGGAUGCAAUGGCAGCUGGUGUUCAUUUUAAAACGUUAGUUGAUGGGUUUUGUUGCACAGGAAGUUAGCCAGACCAAAUUUAAAUGAUAUUGAAAUUUGUAAAGAACAUAAAAAAAAGCACAUGGCAUUGUAAGCAAAAUCAUAAAUGAAACAACUGAAGAUUUCAUAAAAUGUAUAAAUAGGGCUUAUUUUACUGUUACUUUUACAAAAUGUCUCAAAAAAAUUUUCUUUAAAACUUUAUUUUUUUUUACUUUUUAUUCCUGUAAUAAUAAUUCUGCAUAUUUUUUGAAGGUAAAGCUGCUUGUGAUGUGGGUUUGAAAUAAAAUAUUUUUUUCCUGUGUAUAUAUAUUCACUUGUGAUAAUUUUAAUGAUAAACUGUUAUAUAAUAACAUAUUGUCUUUUUUUAAACACAUAAAUAUAUGCAUAUUAUAUUUUAUGGAUUUUUACUUUGUAUGAAAUUUGUGUUUAUCAAGAAAUGAACACAGACUAAUUCCAGCUUAAUGCUUUCUUAUAGCCAUCUGGUAUGUUUUAAUGUAGAUGGAUAUAAUUUAUAUUUCAAUGCACAUGGUCAUAGGAAAUAUUUUAAUGUAGAUGGCCAUAUUUUAUUUUCAAUGUACAUUGUCAUAAGAAAUAUUUUAAUUUAGUUGGCCAUAUUUUAUAUUUCAAUGUACAUGGUCUUAAAUAAGAAAUAUAAAUGUUGAUGGCCAUGUCAUGUUUUGAUUAACUUAGCCAUCUGUCAUAUUGAAUAAGUUUCAUAACUUAAAUCGUAUGUCCAUAAAUAGAUGUAGUCAUUAAUUUUCAUUGUUGUUAACAGAUGUAGCCUACUUAUGAGUGCCUAAAGCUCUUUUUGAUUUUGUGAGAAAUUUAUUUUAACUCUAUCUGCCAUGUUUUAUUCAGUUUUCCAACUACAAACCAGAUGACAGUAUUACAUUAUCAUGUAAUUUAUUUUAAUAGAGAAAUAUUUUUUCUAAGAAAUGAAAAGAUCUCGUGAUAACAUCUUGUAAUCACUGAUAAAAUGGCAUUGUUAUUAGUAGUGGUUCAUUUUGUUUUAAACUUAAUAAAAUACCAUUAUUAGUAGUCCGGUCAAUUUAUUUGACUUUUACCAUUAUGUAUAAACAGGGUUGUCUGGUCAAUUUGUUUGACUUAUACCACUAUGUAUAGACAGCGUUGUCUGGUCAAUUUGUUUGACUUAUAGGCCUACCGCUAUGUAUAGACAGGGUUGUCUGGUCUUACAUUUCUCCUGUCAACCUUACAUUUCAUGAUGGUAUUUAAAAUAGCACAAAUAUAAUUUAUAUAAUCUAUGUUUUUAUGGACAUUGUUGUUAAUAAACUUGCUUCACUAGUUAUAGUCCAUUUUCUUUUACCUCAUUAUUGCAACAUAUCUAACAAAACCCAUACUUGUCUUUCUUUUCGGAACACUCAGCACCGGCUGGGAUACCAACCUUUUUUUGCCUCAAGUUCCAAGAUUAUUAAAAAAAAAUUUGGCGUAAUAAAAAAAAAAAAUAAAAGUGGUAAUGAAACAAAGUGUUGAGGAUAGUAAGUUCAACGACUUUUGUAAAGGAUUUUAUGUAACUAAAAUAAGUGCUUUCCAGGGCAUCACCGAAAAUGCGGUAAGGGGAAAAAAAUUACAGAAUAUCGUGUGUUUGUGAAAGUUUUGUUGAAUUAUCGCAUCCACACAUCAACAGAAAUGGACUCUCUGAUUCUCGUAGCGUCGCAAAAAUUUGGAAAGUGAUUCCGAUCAACAGUCAAGAUCCAGGGUGGGGGAAUGGGUGUAAGGGAGCAGAAAUCAAGGGCUCCCAAUCAAAAGAAGGGGAGUCGCCUGGAGAGCGGUGAGCCCUCCAUGAUUAUGUAAAAUAAAUAAAUUAUAUUAUAAAAAUAUAAGAUGUUUGACAGGUGAACGUGGUAGUGCUUGGAAAUGGUGUUUUGCUGGCACUUUUUCCAUAACAGAUUUACACAAUUUAGAUGCUGACGAGAUAAACUUAUAAAUUAUAUACAUCAAAAUAUUUCAACAAUUUUUUUUUAUUUUACUUUUGGACCAAAAACUUCAAGAAAUAAAAUUUUAAUAUAAACUGAUAGUUUCUUAUUUACAAAAGAAGAUAAAUUAUAAAUUUUAUUUGGAGAGUUUCUUAAACUUAAAUGUUUUGCACUCUUUGCAGCAAUUUCAUUUUGUUUAGUUAUAUUAACUGCUUUUUUAAUGGAAGCAAUGCCCAAAAACUGCUGGCUGAGCGAAUCCUUGUUUUAACCCUCAUAGCAUUGCUGAACAUUCCAAACCAGUAUGUCGAAGCUAAAUUUGAAGUCUACAUCAGGAAGUGUCUCCUCAAGGUGUGAAUUAAACAUCUCUUUCAGUUUCAAUACCAUAUUUAAAAAUGAUUUAUUUUAGCAUAAAUGGCAAUUUCAAUGGGUUUUUUUUUUGUUGAGGCUUUAGUGUAAGUGUAAGGAAUUUAUCUUCCAUUGUUGACAAGCAGCCAAAAAGUGGCAAAUUUUAUAUUUGCACAGUUUAAAUUUGAACUAGUAAAAUCGGCACAUGUUUCAACUUGUAGAGCAGCAUACGUUUCAGGUAGCAAAGCAGUAUAGGUUUCAAUUUGUGAUUUCAACCAGUAAAAUAUGGCUUUUGCCAGUGGUGGUAAGCCUUUGGCAGACAGAGACCUCUCUUUUGACAGGCAAGUUCUUUUUUUCUUAACAAGAACCUCAGUAUUCAGAUUUAAUGGGAGUCUUGGCACUUUGUGAUAAAUAAUUGAGUUUUUGAUUUCAGUUUGGGAAUUCUGUCUUUAUAAAGGUUUGCUAUCACUGGCCAGUGUUAAACAAUAACUUAACUUUGUUUUAUGCAAGCUAUUUUAUCUUUUUAAUGCCUCUAUCCAAGUGUUACACCUUAUAAGUAUUAUUUGCAAUGCUAUAAUCCUAAUAUUUUACAUAUAAUCCUAUUUUAAAAAUCAGCUUGUUGGUAAUUUCCCAUUGUGGAUUUUAGCUGGAUUAUAAAGCAGUGCCCAAACGACUAAAAACACUUGUUGAUGAAGUCAAGAAAGGUAAAAAGUACCCUGACAUAGCAAGAAGUGGGGCACAGUACUUCAGUAUUCAAAAUCACAAUGAACUUAUGUUUUGUAAAUGGCAGAGUCAUUCAAACUACCUUCUGGUGUAUACAGAACUUAAUAUUUCAAACUUUCCCAACAUACUAUUCUAUGAUACUGAUAGACCAGAUGUGAUGGAUGUCAAGGUAAGACAAAAAAUGAAAUGAGUGUAAAUUAACUCCAUUGAAUUUUAUGUUCAAGAUUCUAUAUUUGAUAAAAUAAAUAUAUAUUUUAUUAAAAAGUACUAUCUAUAGUAUAUUAAAUAUUUUUUCACAUCUAGUUCCUUCCAUUUAAAAAAAAAAAGUUUAAAACAAUUUAAUACCGGGUAUUUUUUUUUAAAAAUGGGAAGAGUUUAAAAAUUAGGAUAAUUUUUUAAAUUUUAUUUUCUAAAGAAAUUCCACAUUGAUGAAAUACAUGAAUCACCCACAGACAGUACCAGCCAUUAAGAGCUGGCUCACAAGUCGUGAGAAUCUUUUAUUUAAAAAAAUGUAUUAAAUUUAUUUAUUAAUUAUUUCAUGGGGUAUCUGUUGAAUUAAAAUACAAAAAAUAUUGUGAGUACUUAAGUAUGCUGAAGUUUUUUUUUUAUUUUAUCAACAAAUUUCUUACCUUGUUUCAUCAAUAUGCCUUCUUCAAAGUUCUUCAGUAGGCACAAACAGCGUAUGCCUAUUGAAUUGAUGAUACUGAUAAUGAAAAAUAAUGCCCACUUACCAACUGUGACUGAUUUAAACCAAUAUGCAACAAAAUCAUUGGGCAUACUAUGCAAAAUUAAUGAUGAACUGUCUUCUUUCAUACAUUUUAACACUAUUUUAAGUACAUCAUUGUUUUUUUUUUGUUUUUUACUACAUAUGUAUUUAUAAUAUUUUUAUUAUUACUACUGAUUAUGCCUAUUAGUUGUAAACAGUAUUUCAAAAUUUGGGUCACCAUUUAAAAAUAUAAAUCUGUUCUUGUUUGAAUCCCAGUUGACAAUAUGCUAAAAAUCUAGCUAUUCUUAACUUUCGAGCUUGUGUCAGUGCCACAGUUAAACGAUGGCAAGAAUUACUAUGCCUGUGCUUAAUUAUUUAAAUUAUUAUCAUUUUCAGGACUCUGAACAUCUCUAAGUAAUAAUUUAAAAAGAAGUGCAAAAAUAUAACACAAAACAGAAGGACCAACAAUUUAUUUUUGUCACAUCGAACAUUAGGCAUUGUUUUUUUUUGUGUUUUUUUGCUGUGGUUGUGGUUGUGGUUGCACAGAAAAUAAAAUAAAUGUAUUGAUUGAUUGAUUGAUUUUGAUAGUUAUAUCGCACUGGCAUCCAUGCCACUUUACCAUGCUCACUGCGCUCUGGUUUUCUGAAAUCUAUUUAAACAAAAAAGUUUUUAAAUGUUUCUUAAAUGAUUUUUUAGCAUUUACAAUUCCCCUCAAUGUACCUUCUUUUAGAAAUAUUAUUUUGAUUUUAAUCACAACACAAGCCAUUACUUAAUCAAAUCCAUUGAAUAUUUAACUUUUUUGUUUAAAUUUGUUACAUCUUGCAUCCAGUCAGCAAAAACAAAUGUUAAAAAGUUUGUCUACUAUUUACUCUAUCUUUUCUUUACCUACUUUCUACACCAAUUCGUCUUGACAUAAACUACAUGAGUGUUUUCCAACCUUUCAUAUCCUCUGCAACUCUCUAUAAAUUAUUGACAAGUCUGGCACCUCCUACAAAAGUACUGUUAACACUGCAUCUUAAAAUUUUAAAAUAAUGGACUUCUAACUUAUUUAUUGAAUGGCUCAGAGAGCUGUAGAGUUUAGAAAAGGAACCUGUAACUUAUUACAUUAAGGUAAAUCUCAAUGAAGAAAUGUUUUAAAAAAUACAUAAAAAUAUACAUGUCACAGCAAAAGUCUUCUGUUUUUAUAAUCUCUUUUCCUUGCACCCCCUAAAAGUCAACCUUGUAAGCACCACAGGUUGGGAAACCCUGCUCAACACAGUACCUUGUUCUCACACACUCCUACACUUACUUAUUUUCUCAUAGUUUUUAAAAAAAAUAAUUUGAAUGCUUUUCAGCAUUCAAGUUCUAUCCUUGCAUACUGUUACAGGUUAAUAUACUUACCUUUUCAUACAAUAAUGUUACAGCCCUCUUUAUGGUUAUCAAGAAAUUGGCAUCUAAAAAUAAUUAUUUUAUCAUCAGUCAUGUUUUAAUGUAAAUGGUCAUUUGACACAUUUUUAACCAACAUUCCCAUGAAAGGCAUGUUUAAAUGUACAUAGCCCUUAGUUUUCUACACAUAAUUCUUGAUUCCCAUAAUUAGGCCUAUGUCAUUGCAAUUGCUGUUGCAAGAUGUUGUUUACCUUAAUGAGUGCCUAAAGCUAUGGUAUAUUAUAUUUUGCGAGAGAUAUAUUUACUCUAUUUGCAAUGUUUUCUUAAUUUUCUCCACCUAAAAAUCAGAAGACUAUCGCUAUAUGUACCGCAGUUUAAAAGAGCAAUACUUUUUUAUGCAUUGAAAGGAUCUCAUGAUAAUAUCUUGUAAUCACUGAUGAAAUGGCAUUGAUAAUCAGAUCAAUUGUAAUUGACUUAUUACGCUUACGAACUGGUAACAUUGAUAGUUAUUUGGGGUAUUUAAAUGGCUUAAAUAUGAAUUAUAUUUUCUGAUGUUAUGAUUUUCUCAAACAAACACAACUGGCAACACUAGUUUAAAUUUAAGCAAGCUCGCUCAAAAAAAAACGUUAAUUUUUAAAAUGAAAAUUGCAAGUUAUGUGAAUAUGUUAUGUGUUAUACACUUGAAUAAAUAUUUUUAAAAUACCUAUAUAUUUCUAUUAUAGUUAUACCUGGUAUAUCAAACAAUUUUUAAAUAUACAACAUGAUUGAUAGGUGAAUGACUUUUUAAAAUAUUGUUUUGCUGUGAUAAUUUCCUUCAAAUAUUUUUUUAAAUUUAUCUGAUGUACAUUUUAACAAUAUUUUUGGGGCCAAAAACUUCAAGAAAUAAAAAUUUGUAUACCAAAAUGUAAUUUGUUUGUUGUAAUUGUGACAAGCCAUUGUUAUUAGUUAUUUUAAAUAAGAAUAUAUUUAUGAUCUAGUCCUGGCCAAUUAACAUUUUCCAGAAAAGCUUUGUUAAAUUUUUUUUUUUCUUUCUUUGCUUAAAAAUGAUAAGUGGCUUAUUUUGGAGGAUCUCAGAAUUAUUAAGAGUGUGCUAAGCCAUUAAAUCACCAUAUAAAACUAUAUGAAAUGCAAUUCCAAAAAGCUAAUUAAAUGCAACACUUUCGCCGCAUAUAAUAUAAUGCAACUAGUUUGCUGGUCCCAUGUUUCCACAAAGAAGUAGGCCUACUAAACUUUCCAUUCUUUAUUGAAAACACGACACAUGGCGUCCACUUUUCUUUGCUUAUUUUACUUAGUAGCCACAAUGUGGGGUGAAGUAAAGGGGAUAUAUGGAUGACUUUGUACCGCGCUUUGAGCCUUAAUUAGGGAUGAAGCGUAUUUUUAAAAUGAACUUUAUUAUUAUUAUUAUUUUGGAUUGGGAAAAUGAAAGUAAAACACAAUAUUAAGGCACUUUCCCUUCAUUUGAAUAUUUAAAAUUGAUAACUGACAUAUUUUAUUUUCAGAUUCGUUAUUAAUUUUCAAUGUUUUUCCAGGAAUAAGUUCGUUUUGCUUUACCAUACUUCCGUCGUCAGCAGGGAGCGGUUGCCAUAACGUUAAUUUCGUCAGUUAUUUCCCGCCACCACCCACCUUAUAGACACAGUCCACUCAGACCUUCCCUGUUAAAUGAAAGGUUUAAAAAAAAACAUUUUUCUCCGCACACACAAUCACCCGCAACUUCAUCAAGCUGUACGACAUACAGCUACAAUUUGUGAACCGUUUUAGAUGGCCUCUGAUCAGCUGUGUUAUCGGGAAUUUCCUUUUAUGUCAUCACAUCGGAUAAGGAAAAUGAAAGCAAAACAAAAAAUUAAGGCAACUCCCCUGUAUUGAAGUAUAUCCAGAGCUAGGUUUGAUGUCAAAAUUUAUCACAUACGUUUAGUUGCAUUUUAAUAUUACAGUACAGUAUAACUAUAAUUUAUAAUAAAAAUCACUUGGCAACAGCUUCAACUUCAACGAUUUGAAUAUGUGGAACAGAUUCCUCAAAUUUCAAGAGGGCUAUCCGGCCUAUCCUGCAAGGUGGGUUUUAAACUACUAAUACUUUUAAAGUAAAAGUUUAAAAGUUUACUAAAUUUAAAUUGGACCUUGGUGAAAGUUUAACUUUUUUUAUUUUUUCAUUGUUGGUUAUUUUGUUUAUAUAUUAAUAAUAUAUAAUAAUAAUAUAAUUAUAUUAAUUUUAAUAUCAAUACUUAAACUUAAUAUUAAUAAGUAAGUAUAAGUGUAAAGAAUGUCUACUUUACUUUAUUUUAUUUAAUUUAUUUCAUUCUGAAAUGUUUGAAAAUAAAAAAUAAAAGACACCAAACUACUAAUUACUACUACCGGUAUUACAUUUAUUUAUAAUUAAUAUUAACGAUUUCAAAUGUGCCCCUUUUGAAAUAAUUAUACUAUUAAAUCAUAAUAAGUAUUAACUUUGCGAUUCUGUUAAUAACCAUGAUGUCCUGCCACAGGUUGUAUGCUGACUUAUGCCGUUUUGAGACUAAUGAGGAGCUGUGGCCUAGGCGUAGGAUAUUCGAGAGUCAGUUUAUCCCUUUUAUUUGAAUUAGUGAUUGCUAAACAAAUGUAGUAAGGAUGGAAUAAGAGGAAGCUGUCUAUCAGUUUCAUGUAGGAUUAGCUUAUUUUUAAAUUGACUCUUGAACAACUUUAUUAUAUAAAAAAAGAAUAUAUUUAUAUUAUAUGUUGUUUUUUAGAUAUAAUUUAUUAUGAAGCAAUCUAUCUUGUGUCUUUUAACACUAUGAAUAUGUAGAAUAAUAUAAAUUAUUGCUUUUUUAUUUUAAUUUAACCAUUGACAGGGGAUGAUUCUACGACACUUGAAAAGUUAGCAGACUUAGAAAGAAAUGGCAACCAUUGCUUCAGCGAGGAAGAUUACCAUGGUGCCAUAAAGGUGUACUCAAAGGGAAUUCAGAUGCUUGAAAUUGCUCGGUCAAAAAAUGAAGGUGAGAUGUGGGAACUUCACUUUUUAAAUCUUAGUGUCAGUUGCUAGUUGUCAAUGACAGCUGCUAGAGGACAACAGCUACCGGUAGACAUAGACAGGUAGUCGUGAAUGACAAAUGCAAGAUUUAUAAGUGGACAAUUACAGGUACUAAUGGAUGACAUAAGAUGACAAUUGCAGCUACUAUUGCGGCAAUGCCUCCCCACCCACCCCUCUUCCCGGGGAAAGUCAAGUACCUUUAACCAAUUACAAUUAGUGAAAUCUAUGAAAUAUCGCUACAUUCGAUAUAUUUGAUGAUCCGUAUAUUUAAGGCUAAUCUUGUAAAAGGCUUACAGUAUUCGAUUAUAAAUAUAUAGCUCAUAUAGGAAAAAAAAACAUUUUGGGCCCCCGGCCCCAAACAGAAUGUUAUAAAUAGUUCAUAACCCCUUAAGAGUUCCUUCCAGAUAAUGAUGGAUAUAUUUGCCAAGUUUUGUCAAGAUCCAUCGAUCCGUGUAAAAGCCUUUUUGGAACAAACACUACAGACAGACACACAGACCCACAAAUUUUCACAUUUAUAUAUUUAUAUGAUGAUAUUAAAAAAAAGCACGAUUUGUAUACGCCCUCAAUUACUGCCCCACAUCCCGAUGAAAAUGAUCGCUAAUUUUGGUGACGAUAGAUACACUGCCUAGUUCCAUCAUGCCUAGUAUUAGUGCCAUCAUGGGCGGCCAAAUACUUUUGCCGCUCUUCCUUUCACGAUACAAACUCCGCUUUGUCCAAAUAUGCUGCACAUCUAUUUUAAAAAAGUGACACCCGAGUGAACAACCUCAUGCUCCCCCUUUCUACGCCAUUGGCAGGGGCAUAACUAGAGUGUUUUGCGUCAGGGGACAUGAUUCAUCAUACACCCCCAACCCCUUCAACUCUGAAACUAAUUAUUUUCAUCCAUUAAAUAUCAUCAAAGCCCAUUUUGUUGCCCCCGCUAGUCUGCACCCAGGGGACGUAUGUCCUAUCUCCCAACCCUUAGCUACACCUCUGCCACUCCCCCCACCCCCCUCCCCCUUUAAGUGGCAACAGCAAUGUUUGAACUUCCCAUCUAAUAAAGUUGCUUGAUAAAACAUGAACUCGGGUAACGCACAAUUAUCCCAAUUUUUGCCACACUCAUUCCCCCAUGAUACCUCAGUGAACACUUUUUUUUUCACGCCCAUGAAACUCUACUAAAUAUACUGAUGUUCCAACCACAUUUAAACCAAAUUUAAAUAGUUUAAAUUGAGAAAAUUUCAUUUUCCUAAAAGAAAAUAUUACAAUGACAUGCCAAACACAGUUGCGUUAUAUCAACAAAAAAAUAUGAUUUAGCAAAAAUAUUCAGGAAUUAUAUUUUGCACGCUGUUGAACUCAUUAUUGAACCAUGCUUCCUGUUAAACAUAUAUAUUUAAAAAAAUAUAUAAUCUCAAUACCAAAUACGCUGAUUAGGAAGCAGCAAGCGUGUUAGGAAGCAGACGGACAAAAGACUCUCCAAGCUUAAUGGAAAAGAUUGGGACGAAAUACUUGCACAGCUCCAUGGUAAACGCUCAGAAUGUUGGUUCAAGUUAUCAGAACGGAAUCAAUGCCUGGAAGAUGCCAAGAGAAAUGUUGGCUAUCUUCCUGAGUGGUACAAGGUAAUAGGAUGAGGCUUAUAUAACUGAGGCAUUAUAUUAAUCAGUCUUUGAAUACAUUAGAUUUUAUGUAAUGUUUGAUGGAGGAAUGAAUAUCAUUUUGUCCUUCUACUUGACAUGGUCUUACAUAGGAUACUGUCCUACUUUUUAUUUCCAAGAGGCUCCUGAUUUCUAAAGGAAGGUUAUACUCAAAUUUUAUUUUAUCUGCCUUUGCCCUUAUUUAAUAAGCAGUCCUCCCCAUAAUCAUAUGCAGCAUGGGUCAAGGGGGGUCGUGUGUCAUUAUUGAUCAGUGUUGUAAAUUAAUUCAUCAGUGUAUAAUUUUUUUCAUCAGGGUCAUUAUCGUGUCGCUGAAGCCUACAAAGAGCUGGGGCAGUUCAAGGAGGCUGUGAAUGCGUUUGUCAAAGCCUAUAACAGACUGACAUCCUCGGAUGGGGAGGAUCUGGACAAAAAAAUAUUAAAAGACUUGAUAGAGACAGCGUAUGUUACAGGUAAGUGCAGUGAGUCAAAAAAUGGUUUUGUUAGAUUGCAAAUUUUUAUUUUUUACACAGACACAACUCUUAUACCUUAAGGGCUAUAGCAUCACAGGGAUGGAUGUCCAACACAUAAUAUUAACUCCACAACUAAUGUGAUUUGCUGCCUUCUUUCACAGAGUCACAAGUUGAGUCUAUCGAGACAGAACUCAGAAAUGUACCAGCCACUCUUAGGGCACAUAUCAUUAAUUGCUACCUAGAAAACAAAGAUUGGAAUACUGUAGAAUUCAUUGUGACUAAUGUGUGGAGAGUAACAGACAGUGAUCUCAGGAGACCUACAUUGUCAAAAAAUUCAAAGUGGGUUGUGAACUUAGUGCAUUUCUGUGAUAAAGAUCUUUUGAGCAAACACUGGUGAGAUGUUUAGUUAAAUAGCGUCAUAUAGUAAGACUAGAUUAUUAAUUUUGUUUCUUACAUGCUAUGAUCAUUUAUAUUAUAUUAAUUGUAAUUAUCUAUUCUUUCAUUAAUUAUACCUAUUCAUUCUUACAUUAAUGAACAUUUUAACCAACUAUAUGAAUCUAAUAAUUUCUUUUCUUUUUUUUCUUUCACAUUUUUUAAAACAUCCAAUCAUUCCUUACAUCAAAUCAUCCCUUACAUCCAAUAAGUCAUUACAUGUAAUAAUUACUUAAAUCCAAUAAUUUUAUUACAUCCAAUAAUUUCUUACAUCAUUGCUGACACCGAAUUGUACCUCACUCUAUACAUUCAUUGAUUGUGGAUUUCGUCCUGCGAAUCAUUCUUUACAUCCAUUCAUUCCUUGCAUGCAAUCAUUCUUUACAUUCAUUCAUUCCUUGCAUACAAUCAUUCUUUACAUUCAUUCAUUCCUUGCAUGCAAUCAGUCUUUAAAUCCAUUCAUUCCUUGCAUGCAAUCAUUCUAUACAUUCAUUGAUUGUGGAUUUCGUCCUGGGAAUCAUUCUUUACAUUCAUUCAUUCCUUGCAUAUAAUCAUUUAUGACAUCAUAUUGCACCUUAUUCCUGCUCAUUCAGGUGGGUGUGUAAAGUCCUGCAUCACUUCCUAGUGUUAAAGUCAGACCAUCAUCAGCUCAAGUUCCACUCCGGAGACACCUACUUCCAUGCUACCAUCAGCAUUGUGGUACAGUCAAACACACAGAGACAGGAAACACUAGAUCUUGUCGGUGUAGAUAAUGUUCAUGACAAUCCCGAUGUUGAUCAUGAUGGUGAUAGUAAUGCUGAUGCAACAGAACUGCUCCGUUAUGUUGUAGAGAAUAUUGUCAUCCCCACAGGAGAUCUGAACAUUCAAGAUGACAAGGGAAAUACAGUACUGCACCACCUGGCAACUUUAGAAGUAAACAAUGAAAAUAACUCACUGACAUUUUGACAGACUACUGACAUUUUGACAGACUACUGACAUUUUGACAGACUACUGACAUAUCUUCUGUCAAUUAAAAAAAAAAAAAUAAUUUUUAGCUUUCAUGUAAUGACUACUAUUUGAAAGUUUUUUUGUUUUUUUCUAAUUCCAAAAUAGCGCCUAACUUUUUUUUUAUCCAUUCUUUAUUGUCCUUUAACUUAAGUUAAAACAUUAAUUACUGGUGAAGGAUUAUUAAGCUCCUUUAAAUACUACUUUUAGAUUACUAUUACAAUUAAAACAAAUGUUUGUUUUUUUCUGUUUUGUGUUUUAAAAUCAACUGUAAUUAUAGGUUUUUGCAGUGAGAGGCCAUCCAUAAAUGAUUUCAUGUAUCCAACAAGGGGCUNAAAGGGGGGGGGGGGGGGGGGGGGGGGGGGGUUUGUAUAAUGAUAUGUUAUCAGGGUGUCUAAAUUUGGUGACAGGUUUGUGAUGAUUAAUGGAGUGGGGUGGAGGAGGGUGUCAAAAAUCUGUCAAAAUAGUGUGAAACAUAUUAAAAAUAUAAAUAUUUAAUUUCAGAAAUGUUCCAUGUGUUAAUUUUUUUUUCUUUUAUACUAAAGACAUAUCCAAUAUCUGUACUGAGCUACAUCCUGAGCAAGGACGUAGACUGUUUGAAAGUAAACAAUGUUGGUAAAACUGCACUGGACCUUACCAACCAAUCUGAUAAAAGGAAUUUAUUAUUUGGGAAAGGUAGGCUCUAUUUUUUGGUUAAUUUUAAUUUAUGCUUGUCUUGAACAAUACCAGUGAGAUGAAAUGCCAUGACUUAUUUUAUGCAAUUGUGACAUAGUGACAGGAAUAAUACUUUGAGAAAAAAUAACAUGACAUGUUAAAAGUAAUUGUGAUACAGUUACAAUAUGAUAUAUAUGAAACAAUAAUAUGAAUAAUUGCUCUUUUUUUUUAAUUGAAGCAAUGACAGAGGAUGAUUCUAAGACACUUGCAAAGAUUGCCAGAUUAAAAACAAAUGGUAACCAUUGUUUCUGCAGGGAAGAUUUUCAUGGUGCCAUAAAGGAGUACACAAUAGGAAUUCAGAUGCUUGAAAUUGCUCGGUCAGAAAAUGAAGGUGAGACGUGAGAACUUUACUUAGAUCUUAGGGUCAGUUGCUAGUAGUCAAUGAAAGCUGCUAGAGGACAGCAGCUACCGAUAGACAUAGACAGGUAAAAGUGGAUGGCAUAUUGCAAGUGGACAUUGACAUCUACAAGUGGAUGACACUUAUAAGAAUAAUGACAACUUCAAGUGGAUGACACUUAAAAGAAUAAUGACAACUUCAAGUGGAUGACACAAAUAAGAGUAAUGUCAGCUUCAAGCGGAUGAAAUCUACAAUUAGACAAUGACAUCUACAGCUGGAUGACAUCUAAAAUUGGACAAUGACAGCUACUAGUGGAUGGCAGCUAUUGGUUGACAAUGUAAGCUAAAAGAGCAACAAGUAGACACCCACACUGUCAGUAAUUGGUUGACAAUGACAGCUAAUCCCUUACAGACAGAAGAGUUCUCUGUGUAAAUAAUAAGUAAGUUUUGUUUGUUUUUUGACAUUCACCGGCACCAGAGCAGUUUUAAAUAGACCUCUGGUAUAAGUAGAUGUGCUUGUUUGCAGGAAACACUCAGUUUUACAAGUGGGACAAAAGUCUCGCCCAGCUCCAUGGUAAACGCUCAGAAUGUUGGUUCAAGUUGGCAGAACUGAUGCAAUGCCUGGAAGAUGCCAAGAGAAAUGUUGACUAUCAUCCUGAGGGGUACAAGGUAAUAGGAUGAGGCUUACAUAACUCAGGCUUUAUCUAACUGAGGUUUUAUAUUAAUCAGUUUUUAGGUUUUAUAUAAUGUGUGGCAAUGUGCCACUUUUUGUAACUUUUAUGUUUCAUUUUUAUAUGUGGCUGGGUGCCACCUAUGUUUGCAGGGUACCACCUAUGGGCAUGCUCCUGUGGCACAAUGUUAACCGUGUUCACAACCACUGAGCUGGGCAUACCUGUCCCAUGAGGCACGGGUGAACAGCUCAUGACGUCGAUGGCACAGUAGCUAGAUAAGGCAGUGGAAUUUAAACCCGCGCCUUCUGUUUUUCUGAGCUGUGAUCAAGUAAUCAGCCCUGGCUGAGUUUGUAGAUUGAUAUUGUUUAUUGUGUGUGAAAACGGUUACACAUUCGAGUCUGUUGACAAGUGAGACAUUUGACAGUCUGUUUAAAGGAUUGUACCUAAGAAUAAAAGCUAUAGUUCUCAGACCUGCAUUUCAUUGUUUGUGUACUUAUACUGUAAGCCACGCCACCUUCCGGGUACACAUGUUUGAUGGAGGAAUGAAUAUCAUUUUGUCCUUCUACUUGACAUGGUCUUACAGAUGAUACUGUCCUACUUUUUAUUUCCAAGAGGCUCCUGAUUUCUAAAGGAAGGUCAAAUUUUAUUUUAUCGGCCUUUGCCCUUAUUUAAUAAGCAGUCCUCCCCAUAUUCAUAUGCAGCAUAGGUCGGGGGGGUGGGGGGGUCGUGUGUCAUUAUUGAUCAGUGUUGUAAAUUAAUUCAUCGGUAUAUAAUUUUUUUCAUCAGGGUCAUUAUCGUGUCGCUGAAGCCUACAAAGAGCUGGGGCAGUUCAAGGAGGCUGUGAAUGCGUUUGUCAAAGCCUAUAACAGACUGACAUCCUCGGAUGGGGAGGAUCUGGACAAAAAAAUAUUAAAAGACUUGAUAGAGACAGCAUUUGUUACAGGUAAGUGCAGUGAGUCAAAAAAUGGUUUUGUUAGAUUGCAAAUUUUUAUUAUUUACACAGACACAACUUUUUUACCUAUGAUGUAUUACACAUGUGAGGCAGGCAAAAGCCCUACAUGGGCUAUAGCAUCACAGGGAUGGAUAUCCAAGGCAUAAGAUUAACUCCACAACUAAAGUAGUUUUCUGCUUUCCUUCUCAGAGUCACAGCAAGCUGAUUCUCUCCAGACAGAACUCAAUAAAGUACCUGCCACUCUCAAGGCACAUAUCAUUAAUAGCUACCUAGAAAAAAAAGAUUGGAAUAUUGUAGAGUUCAUUGUGACUAGAGUGUUGAAAAUAACAGACAGUGAUCUCAGGAGACCUACCUUGUCAAAAACUUCAAAGUGGAUUGUGAACUUAGUGCAUUUCUGUGAAAAAGAUCUUUUGAGCAAACACUGGUGAGAUAUUUAGUUAAAUAGUAUCAGAUAGUGAUAGCAGGUUAUUAAUUUAGUUCCUUACAAUAUUAUUUAUUCUUAAAAUAAUUGUAAUUAUUUAUUCUGACAUUAAUCAUACUUAUUUAUUCUUACAUUGGUUAUACUUAUUUAUUCUUACAUUAAUUAAGCAUUUGUAUCAAAUCAUUUGAAUCUAAUAAUUUCUUUCACCCUAAAAAUUGUAAUUAACAAAAAAUUAUGAAAAUUUAUUCAUUCCUUACAUCCAAUAAUGUCUUUCAACUAAUCAUUCCUUCAAUCAUGCCUUACAUGCAAUCAUUAUCUACAUCCAAUCAUUCCUUACAUCAAUUAUUCCCUACAUCAAAUCAUUGCCUACAUCUAAUCAUUCCUUACAUGCAAUCAUAUGUUACAUUUAAUGAUUCCUUACAUUCAAUCAUUCCUUACAUACAAAAAUUCCCUACAUUCAAUCAUAUCUUACAUCAAAUCAUUCCUGACACUGAAUUGAACCUCACUCAGGUGGGUGUGUAAAGUCCUGCAUCACUUCCUAGUGUUAAAGUCAGACCAUCAUCAACUCAAGUUCCACCCCGGAGACACCUACUUCCAUGCCACCAUCAGCAUUGUGGUACAGUCAAACACACAGAAACAUGAAACACUAGAUCUUGUUGGUGUGGAUAAUGUUCAUGACAAUCCUGAUGUUGAUCACGAUGGUGAUAGUAAUGCAGAUGCAACAGAACUGCUCCGUUAUGUUGUGGAGAAUAUUGUCAUCCCCAAUGGAGAUCUGAACAUUCAAGAUGACAAGGGAAAUACAGUGCUGCACCACCUGGCAACUUAUGAAGUAAACUAUGAAUCUAACUCACUGUCUUCUGACAUUUUGACAGACUACUGACAUAUUUUCAGUGACUUUUUUUAAAUUUAACUUUCAUUUAUUAAAGUUCUGUUAUUUUUGCUUCUAAUUUCAAAGUAGCGGCUAAUUUUUUUUCUCCCAUUCUUUAUUGUCUAUAAUUAAAACAUCAUUAAGGGUGAAGGAUUCUUGAGCUUCUUAAAAUAGUACAUAUAGAUUACCGUGACAGUUAAAACUAACUUUUUCUUUCUUUUUGUGUUGUUAAAAUUGAAAACUAAUUAUAAUUAUAGGUCUUUGUAGUUCCAGGCCAUCCAGACUUAAUUUUUUAAAUAUCCAAAAAAGGGUGUUGGUGGGUCAUGAAUUUGUUAUGAUUAUGUUAUCAGGAUGUCUAAAUUUGGUGAUAAGUUUUUAACGGUUUGUGUGAGGGCUGGAGGGUGUCAAAAAUCUGCCAAAAUAGUGCAAACCAUAGUAACAAUAUAAAUAUUGAAUAUCAUAAUUUUUUUCCUUUUUAAUAAGUUAAUAAUUUUUCCUUUACAACUACAGACAUAUCCAAUAUCUGUACUGACCUAUGUCCUUAGCAAGGAUGUAGACUUUUUGAAAGUUAACAAGGAUGGUAAAACUGCACUGGACUUAACCAAUCAAUCUGAUAAGAGGAAUUUAUUAUUUGGGAAAGGUAUGCCCCAUUUUUUAUUUUUUUUUUAUUUUAAUUUAUGCUUGUCUUAAACAAUACCAGUGAGAUAAAAGGACAUGACAUAUUUUAAGUAAUUGUGACAUAUUGACAGCAAUACAGUCAGAAAAUGUUUUUCAUGCUGUAUUCUUUUCUAUUCUAUAUGUAAAGUGUUGACAUUUAUUUUUAUUUACAGUGGUAGCUCAGCUUGUAGCAUGCAUUGACAAACACAAACAUGUAAAAAAUGUCAAAGAGAAGAAAAAAUUGAAAGAAAAAAGUAUCCAAGCAUUAACCAGCUUGUUGCCUUGCCAUGUCAACCCAGGUAAGUUGAUUGUGAAAGAAAACUGGUGGUUUUUGUGAAAGAAAACUGGUGGUUUUAAUGAAAGAAAACUGGUGGUUUUUGAAGUUUGUAUUUUUUUAAAAAUAUUUUAUUGUUGUUUGUAUUAUUUAAUAGAGGGAUUAGUGUUUGUUUAGGCAUUUAAAUGUUAGAGUUUCAUCUUAACUUUAAUUUUUGACCUACUUAAUAUUUUUUUGGUUUUUAGUAAAUUAACUAAUCUGUAGUAGGUUCCAGUUGGUUAUCUGUGGUCUUUAUAUAUUUCACGCUGCCAGUCAUUCCAAAAGAACUUUUAAAAAUAAGUGCUGACAGCUGUAAGGAUCUGCUGACGAGUUUUGCUGAUGCUGGCAAAUGGCUGGUGCUGAAAGAACUGGUCAUUCAGUUUCAACAAGCCAAAGGGGGAACUACCCUGCCCACCUUUGCUAAAGAAAUGUCAUUGACACGAGUGGUGGAGGCACCCGUUCAAGAAAUGAUGGAGUCAGACAAAAUUGAUGUGGUCCGGUUUUUGGUCAAUCAUGAAGCAAGUGUGGAUUCACCAGGGGCCAUUGAAGCAAGCAUUCAAAAUGAAGAAUGGAAGGUACGGUUUCAUUUAUGAAAACCUUUUCAUUGAAAUGAUUUUUUUCUUGAUAUCAGUCCCAUGCAGUUAGCCACAACCUUUUCAACACUAGGCCUCCCCUGUAAAUUAUUAGACAUGUCUCGCACCCCUCCAGAAAAAUAACAAUACAUUUUAAAAUAAUGGACUUAUAAUUUAUUUAUUGAAUUGCAAAGAGCACUGCACAACUUGGAAAAUAUUCUUGUGAUUUAUUACAUAUAGCAGGAAAAAUACAUAGACAUUUAUAUCAUAAUUUAAAAGUUAAAGUUUUCCCUGUUUUUAUAAUCCUCUUUACCUUUCCUCAAACACCCUGAAAUACCUUCUCAAAUACCCUGUGGUGCAAGCAUAAAAAGGUUGGGAAACUCUGACCGAAAAUUUGCACUCUCUUUCUCUAAAAUCAUCCUCAAUAUGUUUUCCUCAUCAGACUCAUCACUCAAACACUCAAUUUCUAGUUUUCCUCAUCAGACUCAUCUCUCAAACACUCAAUUUCUAGUUUUCCUCAUCAGACUCAUCUCUCAAACACUCAAUUUCUAGUUUUCCUCAUCAGACUCAUCUCUCAAAUACUCAACUUCUAUGUCUUCCUCAUCUGUUAAACAUUCAACUUCUGUUUUCCUUUUCUCCAAGAAAAACUCCAGAUUUUCUUUUGGUUAUCUGGGAAUCUUGCUCAUUAAGUUUUAAAAUUUUUCAUACAAUUUAAUAAAUUCAAAUGAUGUAAUAUUCCAAGCAAUGUAAAUUCACCACUUGGAAGAACUUCCCAACUUGUCUCGAUGUACUAUUCAUUUAUUUAAUGAAUUAACUUUCUUUCACCGUCACUUUACUCAUAUUUUAAUUGUUAAUUGCAGAUCUAUUUAAAAAUCAUUAUUGAGUAUCAUAAUACUUUAGUUACAAAUUUGGGUUAAUUUUUAUUUUUAAAGUUUUUUAAAUAAAAUAUUAACCCUUGAUCAGCUAACCAUGGAACUGUUAGACCUGGGGGUGAACCCUGAUGGAGUGACCCUUCGACCCGGGGACACACCAUAUCAUGCAGCGUUGGAUUUGGCUUUAAACAAACUUGAUGGUAACGUCAUCGUGUGAAGAUUAAGUUUUAAGAUCCAUUUGUCAUGAUCAGUUUUAUCAAUCUGACAGAAAGAAUCAUUUGUUUUAUUUUUAUUUUAAGCAAUCUAAAAGUUAUAAUCUUGAUCAGCUUAAAAACACAACAAUUGCUUUGUACACAACAUCCCUCCCACGCACAAUAACCCUCCCCCCCUCCAAAGUGUGACACAUCAUGUUUCUAAUCAAUGACAGGAGAUUUCUCCAUGCUGGAAAAACUCAAGGAAAUUCAUGACCAGAAGAAAUCUCUCAAGAAAGAUGUGACAGUUACAGACAAAGAUGGCAACACCCUCUUGCAUAUGGCAGCUCAGGUAUUUUAUGGUCAAAGACAAAUUGUUUACAUCAUCUGUGUUGGAAAUGAAUGAGCUUGUUUAUUUUUUCUGUAAUUAAAUAAAAUAGAAGGGGAGACAACUUAUGACACACAAGACAUAUGACAUUUUUAUAUAUUUACUAGCCAAUAUACCAGCUGGUGUGGCCUGGGAUUAUAUUCAGAAAAAACACUUUCUGAGGCCUUUUAGCUAAUGUCCAAAUUAGUGGGCCUGUUAUAAACACAUAGCCAAUAUUUUUUUAUCUCUUCAAUUUAAAUUGUCUACUCUAAAAAAAUGUUCUGAUCCCAAUCCCCUCACUGUUUGAAUCCAAUCCUCCAGUUUAAUAAAAAUAAUAAAAAUAAUAAAGUUUAUUUGAAAAUCACGCUUCAUCACCAAAGGCUCGAAGCGUGGAAUGCAAUAUUGGAUAUUAUAAAUCUUAAAUGCACAGAUAACUCGAUAUGGACUAUGAAGAUCCUGAUAAGAUUCUGAUCCGGAUUAAAUCUAGAUGCUGAUUUGAUCCUAGUGCCGAUGGGAUUUCGAUCCUUAUCCCAGUGUGAUCCCUUUCCUUUUGGGAUCCUGACUGUAUUGGGAUUCUGAUGGAUCCCUUUUAUGGUGGCCUCCUGUUCUUUAAUGGGAUCCCAUACCCAUUGAGAUUCUGUUCUCCAUGAAAUCCAUUUUCUUUGUCUGAUCCCAUUCCCUGAUGGGAUCCCAUUCACCAAUAAGAUCCUGUUCAUUGUUUGAUCCCCUUACUAAUGUGGUAAUGUGAUUCAUUUCCCUGUGAGAUCUCAUUCAUGUUAGGAUAUAUUCUCUAUUUCAAUACUGUUACCAGGCGGGGAUCACAUUUUCUCAUAUGGAUCCUGUUGCCCGUGAGGAUCCUGUUCUUCUGUGGGAUAGCAUCCCCAGUGGUAUCUUGUUUCUUGGUGGGAUUAUGAAGGGUAUGUUAUACCAACUUUCAAUGCGUUUCCUCGAAUUGAAUAAGAAUUAAAGAUUAUUUUGGAAAUUUCUUGAAAGUUCCAAAUUAAUUGUCGAUUAUGAUGGCCUAAGCUAUAUACAUACGUGAAGUUGAAAGUUAAUGAAACAUAAUAAACAUGAUUAUGAGCAUUUACAUAGUAUUAAAAAAGAUAAUUAAAAAAAAUAAUAAAAACUUCUAGAGUAAUGUAGAAACUUCAUGAAACUUGUAAAAAGAUUAAUGUGGAACAAUAUAGAACUUUCUGGAACAUUCUAGAUUUAAAUUUAAAAUCUCCUCAAAACUUUUCUACAUAAUUAUAUUCGAAUAUGAAAAAUUAUACAAACCUGGUGGGGGCCCAUUUUAUAAGUCUACCAUUUUAGUUAUGCCUGAGGUAGCGGGCACUUUAAAAAUCAGUGAGAUAAAUAAUGGAUAAAUUUCAAAAGUUGUCCCAUUUAAAUUGGCUUAAAAAACCCAUAGACAUAAUAACCUAUUUAAAUAAUCAAACUUUCUGGAAAAUACAAGACAGGCCCUGAGUGGAUUGGAUAUUAUCAAUUUUAAAUGCCCCGAUCAUUCAAUUUGGACUAUGAAGGGUGUUAUGUACCGUUGUAAGAUUAGAAAAUUUAAUCUGUUAUUUGUCUAUAUGGCCUCGUGAGGAGAUACUGAUCUUCUAUUGACCGCCUCCCCAAGUGGUGGAUAGGGGAAAGCCCAGCAGAUAUGGAGGGUACCGGGGAAAUAAAAUACCCGGGGUGGACCAAAAUCAGUACCUACUGCCUUGUAGGAAGUGGAGGGAUCCACAUAGGAUAGGGACCCGACCCAAUACAAAGGCAGCUACCCCAGACGGUUGUGCGCAGGGCUGACGACCCUGUCAUUAUUAAAAAAGCUAGUGUUACAAAAGUUAAACCACAUACAGAAAAACGGACUCGUAUUUAUGGAUUUCGACCCAUGCCUGACCAAAAAUAUUAUAUACGGAUAGUGACUUGGAAUGUACUUAGUUUAUACAGAGCAGGUGCCUUGGCCUGCCUCAGUGAUGAAUUGCUUGGAUAUAGAAUCGUGAUUGCGGCACUGCAGGAGAUUAGAUGGAAAGACACAUAUAUCCUAAAUACUAAGGAAUAUACAAUAUUCUACAGUGGAAACAACACAAACACCUUAGGAACAGGGUUUGAAAAGAGAGACAGUAAAUGCAUUCAUUGGGCUUAAACCAGUGAGUGAAAGAUUAUGCUCUAUAAGGAUUAGAGGGAAAAUGUUUAACAUUACGUUAAUCUGCCCACAUGCUCCAACAGAAGAUACAGAUGAAAGCAUGAAGGAAAAUUUCUGGGAAACACUGGAAAGAGUAUUUGAUGAGGCUCCACACCAUGAUAUCAAAUGAGUCAUUGGUGAUUUCAAUGCGAAAAUUGGGAAAGAACUAAUUUACAGACCAGCAAUUGGAAAGAAAAGUCUGCAUGACGAGAGCAAAUACAACGGAACACGUCUUAUGGGCUUUGCUACAGGAAAAGGAAUGACAAUCAGUAGCACAAUAUUCCAACAUAAACAAAUGCAUAAAGCAACAUGGAUAUCUCCAGAUGGAUGUACCCAUAAUCAAAUAGACCAUGUACUCAUCGACCAGAGGCAUGGCUCGGACAUAUUAGAUUUGAAAAAUUGUAGAGGUGCGGACAUAGACUCAGACCACAUGCUUGUUAGAAUCAAAUAUAAACAAAGAAUUUGUAACAUCCACAAUAAACAAAAUAAAAGAGAAAAACAUUACAAUAGUCAGAAAUUGAGUAGGGACCCUAAAAUUACUGAGGAAUAUCAACAGAAGAUUGAAACUCAACUGGAAUUAACCAAAAGAGAAUCAGCCAGCAACGUUGAUAUAAACCAGCAGAUGAAGCAAAUAGUCACAAGUGUAACAGAGGAAACGAUUGGAUUUAAACCAGCAGUGAAAAGAACAGGAUGGUAUGAUGCAGAAUGCAAAGAACUCAUAGAACAAAGAAACAAAGCUCAGAUAAUGAUGCUGCAAAGGGAGACAAGAAGAACACAACAAUUGUAUAAUGAAACAAGAAGGGUGGCCAGCAAAAUUUGCAGAACAAAAAAACGUGUUGGGAAAAAAAAAAAAAAAAAUUGUAGAAACAGAAGAGUUGGCAAAAGAAAGAGAUGUGAGGGGAAUGUACCUAGAAUGCAAAGAACUCAAAGAACAAAAAAAAAAAGCUCAGAUAAAGAUGCUGCAAAGGGAGACAAGAAGAACACAACAAUUGUAUAAAGAAACAAGAAGGGUGGCCAGAAAAAUUUGCAGAACAAAAAAACGUGUUGGGAAAAAAAAAAAAAAAAAUUGUAGAAACAGAAGAGUUGGCAAAAGAAAGAGAUGUGAGGGGAAUGUACCUGAAUAUAAAGCAAAGAAUGGCUUUCAAGCAAGAUCCCACAUGUGUGAAAGUACGGAUGGAGAAUUUAUCACAGACAGCAGUAGAGUAUUAGAGAGAUGCGCACAACACUUUGAAGGCUUACUGAAUGGCUCAGGUGGAGGAACCAAUGAGGAUUACGCUCCGCCACAAGGAGCACAGGACUGACUGGUCAACUAACCAACAUUAAAUGAAAUAAAAGAUGUAAUCUCCACCAUGAAAAAUAACAAAGCCCCAGGAAUAGAGCCUUUCUCUGCAGAACUGAUAAAGCUAGGUGGUAACGAACUUCAUAUGAAAAUACACAAACUUAUAUCCAGAAUCUGGCAGGAGGAAGAAAAGCCAAUUGAAUGGGACACGGCACUCAUAAUCCCAAUUCACUGAAAGGAACUAAGUUGAUCUGCUCAAACUAUAGAGGAAUCUCCCUGCUUAAUUUAAUGUACAAAAUCCUCACAAAACUUAUAGCAAUAAAACUGGAAAAGUAUAUUGAACAGAUCCUAGGGGACUAUCAAUGUGGAUUCCGGCAGAAUAGGUCAACCACGGAUCAUAUUUUUACCAUAAGAUGUCUCCUGGAGAAAUUUUAUGAAUAUAACAUCAACAUACACCAACUAUAUGUGGAUUAUAAAGCAGCAUACAAUAACGUAAACAGGAAUUACUUAUACAAUGCUCUACAACAGGGGUCUCCAAACUUUUCAGCCCGAGGGCCGCAUUAACUAUCAAACAGGAGUUCGGGGGCUGACUACCCACUCAAUGUCCAAAUAAAAAGAAUAAAUUUUAAUUAUUUAUUUAAUAUUAUUUUAUUGAGUCAUUAUUUAAUAACUCAUUGGUACACUACACAUGAACACAUGUAUUAGUGGGAAUGGUGAAAUUGUAUCCUGGAUCCCAAAAUAGCAGACAUUUCUGGCUUUAGAUUUGAUAUCCCUAACAUCAACAGUGACCUAAGUUUCUCAUAGGACAAGUUUGUUCUAAAAUCGUUCUUCACAUAUUUCAUUCUUGAAAAUGUUUGAUAACACAGGUAUGUUGUUCCAAAGAUUGAAAGGUACCUUGAUGCAAAAGUUUUGACAUUAGGAAAGUCUUUCUUGGGCAAAAACUGGUAAAACCCACCAGUCCUUCUUUGAACUGGUCCAUAGGAAGUCAUUUGCUUGCAACUCAAUGACCUACAGCUGCAGUUCAUCUGGUCCUGGGCAGCUGGCCUCAUCUGCUUCAAAUGGGUUUUGAAACAGACUGACUUCUUCUGCUUUUGAAUCUAAGUUAAUAAACCGCUGCUGAAACUGUAGAAGGAGUUCUUUGAUGAUCUCACAUGCUAAUGACUUGUGGAACUCUGCUGUUGCUUCAGCCAUGACGACCUUGCACUGCCGAAAAUGUGUCAAGUUGUUGGCCUGUACUUGUUCCAAAAAUAAGACGAGUUUGGAUGUAAAGGUCUUUAGGUGGGUGUAUAGAUCAGGAACUAGAUUUUCCUCUCCUGGGCGACAAAAAUUAAGUUCAGAAAAUUUAAAGGACUAGUUAUGUCUGCAGCAAAGGCCAAUAUCCAUACAUACUCUUCAUCAGACAGUAAUGCCUGUGUUUUGUCUUUACUUUCCAGGAAGUCACCUAUUUCCUUUAUUAAUUUAAAUACUCUGCUUAAAACUUUUUUCACAACUUAGCCACUUACUGCUGCUGUGGAAUAUGGUAAAUCUUGCUAUUCUGUGUCUGUAUCUUUCAACAGAUCUCUGAACUGUCUAUGGUUGAGCCCAUGUGGCCUUAUUAAAUUCACUAUCUUCAUCAGCACAUUGCUAAUGUCCACAUAGUUACCACACAAAGCUUGCUGGUGAAUAAUACAGUGCGGGAACAUUGGUUGUUGAACGUUUUUCUCAUUACACAUCUGCUUCACUUGUCCAAACAAGCCUUUCUUUAUACCACGCAUGUUCUUUCCUCCAACUGAGCCUAGAUUAGGCCAGUCCAAGUUAUAAUCAGCAAUUUUUUUUCAACUCUUUGAAAAUAUCCUCUCCGGUAACAGUGCCCUACAUGCUAUGUAAGGAAGCCAGCUCUUGUGUUAUGUUCAUGUCUUCAUCCACACCUCUAAUGAACACAAGUAAUUGGAACAGCUGUCCAUUAAUUCAUCCAUUGCUAUUUAAAAAUGGCGAAACUUGCUUGAAUUUUUCUUUGUUUGCGUCACAAUGUUUUCACCCAUCUCUACAACAUGGCGGGCAAUGGUAUUUGCACCCAACGUUACAUUUUCAAAUUGUUUUGACUUUUCUGGGCAAAGUUCCUCAGCAACCACCAACAAACAUUACUUACUACCUCACCAUCUGUAAACAGUUUGCCACUUUUAGCCAGGACGAAGGCAAAUUUAUAACUGGACUUAGUUUAGGAUUCAUUUUCAUUUCAGGAUUUACAAUGUACUCUGAGAUUUGAGUUGAUUUUGUAAGUUAGAGAAUUUUCAGCACGGUCUUUACCCUCCAACUGUGCAUAUUUCUCUUGAUGCCUGCUUUGAUAAUGACGGCGAAGGUUGUAAUUUUUCCUCACAGCAACGUUUUCUUUGCAAAUCGCUCAAUGCUUUCGCACCGGAUUUCAAGAAGAAUUCUUUCAAAUUCCAUUCUUCUUGAAAUUCGCAACACUCAUCAUCUAUUUUUCUUUUCCUCUUCUCAGUCAUCGCAGGGGCAUUAAAAUAAAGUGAUUUCAACAUGAAUAAAUAGUGAAACUGAAAAUAUCUUGCACACAAUAUCGCUAAAAAAACUGGUUAUGCGAAAUAAUUUUGUCUCAAUUAUAGCUGCAAAUGACCCGAACAUUUUUUUAAAAAUUCUUAUGAUUUCCUAAGUUAAACUUACCUGAAUAAAGUGUGCAAAUAUAUCCUUCAUUCUUUUGUUUGUUCAUUUUUUCAUUCUAUUUUAAAAUGUGAAUACUUAAUUUUGUUCAUCCUUAGGCAAAGUCAAAUUCAACCAGCUUAAAAGCAGUGCAGCUCCUUUCAAAAUGGCAAAUACCAACUAACAUAAAAAACAAAGAGAAUAAAAUGGCUAUUGAUUAUCUCCUGGACUGGGAAGAUGAUAGACAUCAUUACAUUCAAAUGCCCACUAAUUCUAAAAGUAAAAAGAAAGCUAAGGCAAAGAAAGGUACUGUGAUAUUAUAACUAUUGUCCUAUGAUUUAGUUCAGAAAAGUUUUGUACCUUAAGUUUUAUUUCCAUAACAUUUUGCUUUAAAAUUGGUUAAAGAGAUUAGCUUUAAAAUUGGUAGGGAAAAUCAAUCUAAUAUCUGUAUCAGGACAGUCUAAAAAUCUGUAUGACAGACUAAAAUAUCUACAAGGACAUUAAAAAAUCAGUAUAAAUAAAGUUUAUAAUCUGUACAAGGACAGAUUAAAAUGAGUAAAAAUAGAAGAGUGUAGAAUGUAAGGAGAUUUAGUAGACUUGCAAGUAUAAAUUGUCCAUGGAUUAGUAAAAAAUCAGAGCUAACAACAAGCCUUGAGGUUUCUAUUCUACUAGCUUCUGUAUUUAUAAUUAAAUAAUGUAAUUUAAAGUAGAGGGAAAUCAAACGAUAAAAUUGUAUUUUAAACAAAACAAAAAUUAGGAAAUCCUUGACUUCAGAAUAUGCAUACAAUAAGUAUAAUUAUUAUUUUCCUGUAGCAAUUGAGGGAGCUACGUCAAAGACUGACGGAGAUUCAAAGCCUUCAGAGAGGGAGGUAUGUUUAAGGAUAAUGUAUAAAGGGAACAGUUAUGCAUCAAGAUAAAAUGUUUUGGGAUAAGUGAACGUACUAUAAAGGUUUAUCAUGAGUUAAUGCAAUAUUAGUGCUAUGAGUUGACUCAACAAUGUGAUACAAUGAGCUCACAUACAGUGAGCCAUCAAAUAUUGAUCUUGCCUACAAAUGCUCGUUCAAUUUUGCUGUUACUUUUAAUUUUUUAAUCACAUUUUUAAAAUUUAUUUUUUUAGAAUUUAGAAACAACAAUUUCAACAUUAUUGUCCAAACUACCAGGAGCCACUGGUUUUCUGAAUCCAACACAACUGCUAGAUUCUGCUGAUGACAAUAAUAAAGGAAGAAAUGCACUUGAUAUUAAUUUGGGGAAUUCUGACUUCAGUGAGUAAAAUAUUUUUCAACUAGGUUUUAACCCAGUGCAAUUUCUUUUUUUUACACCUGAUCUGGGUAUUUGGAUAAAAGCCUGGUAGGUCCAAGUGUUACAAAAAAAGAGUUAACUUCUCAUUUUCUAUAAUAUGCAACAAAAUCUUCUGCCCUGUGUUGUAGUGAGAGUGCAUUGCCUUUUGACAACCACUCAUAGGAGCCGGAGUGAUCAAUACAUUGAUCGUGGGCCCUCAAAAUAUAAAAGAAGAAGAACUGUUGGUAUCAAGAAAUAAUUCACUGAUAGAACAGGCAGUUGCCAGAUCCAAGGAUAGAGGUGACUUUGUUCAAAAACCUGUAGAUAGAGAGGAUAUCAUUCAAUUUAUAACAAAGACUUACAAAACAACAGUCGGAGCAUAACAAAAUAACAAUGCCUUUCUGUACCAGGAUAUGGAAAAGACCCACAGGUGCACACAUGCCCAAAGUGAAAGGACAGUCCAUGACCCAGUUCUGUGUGGUGUGCAGCCCCAGAACAAAGAUGUGACAUUUGAAAAAAAAGUUCUUUGUAAAGAACAAAAAUCAACCAAUUUUAAUGGAGUUCAGACAUUAUGCAUGAAUCUCGCUGUGUGAAAGCCUUUUUUUCACUUAGUUUUAUUAAAAUAAAACAUGUGGAAUUUGGGGUGGGGGGGGGGGCAGUUCUGAAGAGGAAGCAGGAUGCAACAGAAGCAAAAUAUAUAUAAGAGAUAUCAGUAAAGAGUAAGGACAUUAGAAUUAAAAUAUUGUUCCAUGAAAGUAGAAUGAAAUGACAUCAUCAUUGUUAACUAUUAGGUAGGUAAUUUAAAGGGAGAAUUGUUAUCAUAGGAAAAAAAAUAUAUUAUUUAAAAAUAUAUAUCUAUAAUUCGCCAGCAAAGGUCAAACACCACCACGCAGGCUAUAUAUAGAUACGCCAGUGUGUGGUUAAAUAAUAGGUUCACUAGUGCGCAAAAUAUAAUUCCUGAUAACUAUGCUAAAUGAUAUAUAUAUAUAUUUUUUAUAACGCAGUUGCGUUUUGUGCUUAAUAUUUUCUUUUCGGAAAUGAAAUCGUCUCAAUGUAAGUAUUGUGUACAAUAUAUUCAGUUUAAAAGUGGUUGGGACAUCAGAAUAUUAAUAUAGUUCAUGGGCGUGACAUAAAGAGUAUGCAGUGACGUAUCAUGGGGGAAGGGGUGUAGCAAAUAUUUGGGAUUCUUAAAUGUGCGUUACUUGAGUUCAUGUCUUGUCAAGUAACUUUACUAGAUGGGAAGUUCACGCCACCAAUGUUUGGCAGGCUCUAUCUAGUUAUAUGUAUUUAGCAUUUACACCUAUGGUGAAGAUGUAAUGAGAUUCAGUAACACUGAAAUUUUCAGCUCAAUCUUGACUAAAGACUAAACAGAAAAGCAAAAAAAAAAUUGUUUUUAAUUAAUAUCACAUAUAUAGAUGGACCAACAGGAGAGGAACUCACUCAGGCUGAUAUUGAUGAACUGGUGCUGACUGACCAGAUGGACAUUGACCCAAAAGACUUUGACAGUUUAGAGUGGGAUAUUGAAUGUACAGGUAAAUGAAUGGGUGGGAUACUGAAUAUACAGUUAUAAAAGGUAUAUUGAAUAUACGGGUAAAUCAAUGGGAUAUUGGAUACACUAUGGGUAAUGGAUGAGUCCAACAUUGAAUUUAAAGAUAAUUAGAUGAUUAAGAUGUUAAAUGUACAAAUAAUUUGAAAAUAUGAUUUUAAAAAAUAUUUUCUUUAAAGAAUGUUUCUGUAAUAUAAACUUUUUAAAUUUCAAAAACUUAAGACUUAAACUAGUUUAAAAAAUCAAGUUUAAUAACAAUCAAACAGUCUGGCUGAACAACAAUUCUAUGUUGUUAGUUUGACAGUGCAAACACUAAAAACAUUGCUAUAAAACUCUAUUUUCUUAGAGUCAGUUUGGAGGUCCUUAAUCAGCAAAAGACAGGCCACUGUUGACAUUGGUUCACAGAAAUUAUCCUGGAGAAACCUGAUGCUUAUGAAGUUAAAACAACUUGGUUCAGGAGAUUGGAAGAAACAGGUCAGUUCUUGUAGGAGUUUGGUCAUUUCAUGUAGGAAGUAGUUAAGUUAUUGAGUGUAUCAUAUAUUCUGGUUUCUUACAAUUGUUCCUUUCAUUUAUAUCUGAACUCUUCCUUACAACCUCAGUUUCUGUUUGUAAUGUAUGGCUAUAGAGGUGUAGUUAUGUAUAGUAUGAUGAUAUAUGGGUUAAGAAGUAUUAUGGAUCUAAGGGUAUAUGGACAGGACCAUAUUUCCCAUAGACCAUGGCCUAGGGCAAAAGGCCUAUGAGGGCAAAUAUACAGAAGAAAUCACAACUCUUUCUUAUUGGUGCUGAUGAAACAGGACUUUAGAUGAAUGAAUUCUUUCAGCUGUACCACUCGGCAUAACUGGAUAUAUUUAUGAACUGUUAUACUAGUUGAACUGCGUGUAUGUGACUGCUAGCGGAAAAAAUGUAAGACAUGAAAUCUAAUUCCUUGUUCAAGUAUUUGAACCAUGUUCAUUUUAAUCAUGAAAAUUUUAAAAUAAAAACUAUUAGAGCUUAAAAGAUGAGUUUUUUAACUUAAGUUUCUCUUGAACUAAGAUGAGAUAAAUCUGUAAUUUCUAACAACCAGGUGGCUCUGGAAGAUGUGCCUGAGACACUUAGACUGUACUGUACACCUUUGACUUCUGGUGCCUUUAUUUUAUGGGAGAGGGCCAUCGCCUUUUCACCCCGUCUCAGCAACCUGCAGGAAACAAGAGGAUCUCAUGACAGCCAGGAGUCGGCCAUCCGAAAAGGGAGAGUCUAUGCCGAACAUGUUCGAGUGUGGGAAAUAGGACUGAAAACAUCUAACUUGCAAACAGCCAUUGCCAAAGUCAUCAAAUCACAUUGUCGUGGGCAACAGUGUGUGGUCAAGGUAGUUGUUUUAAGUGGGACAAAACAACGAAAAUGUUGUGGCUGCGACUAAAAGGGUAUUAAUUGAUUCAGAAGUACAGAAAGAAAUAAAGCCAACUCCCCCAAUCCAGUCUAGACAUAGAUACUUACCUGACAACAUUUAGAAAUGAGGGAAGCUUCAUUGCUUAUUGGCACCUUGCCAUAUACAGUUUCUGCUCCACUGGAAUCAAAUAAAAAAAUGUUUGUUUUUUGUACUGAUGAAGGCAAUUGUCGAAACGUGUACAUUUGUAUUUUGUAUAAUCAUCAUUAAAGCUGAACAUAAAUAGUGUUUUAUUUACACAACUUGUUUGUGUCUAAUUAAUCUACUUUACAGCUUUAUCGCAGUCCAAGAAUCUUAUAAUUAGUUAAUUAAAUAUAAUUGAUUGCUCCAUUAAUUUUUUAAAAAGUGUAACUAAUAGCUUCGGUCAGCUAUUCUGAACUAUUAUUACUUGUUUCAACCCUCCCCCCCCCUUCCCUUUUUUUUUUCCUCCCCUUUUUCUCCCCGUUUUCUCCUCUUUUCCACAGAAAUUCCUGAUCAGCCAAAAGGCAAAACAGUCACACCAAAUUGAGAAGACCCUUCCAAAACUUUUCAGAGAAUGCACUGACCUACAGGAACUUGAUGAGGUACAGCCAGGUCAGGUCAUCCAACUCACUCCGCCGGCCAGUCUACAUGAGAAUGAGUUCACCAUCCUUAAACUGUACACAUUGUCAUCCCAGAUGGUGGAGGCCAUUCUAAAUGAUGGGGAGUCGAAGGUGACUAGAAAUUUACUAACUUCUUAAUUGAGAAUUAUUUAACCACUUUAUUUUGAGUUUCCUGGCAAAUUAUCUAUACUUAACAUAAUGUUUUUAAAGUGUAGUGUAGGCAUCAAUGAUAUCAUUCCAUUUUGCUCCGUCUCUGUCCUUACCGUGUCUGCCCAUUCCAUGUCUCUGCCCAUUCCAUGUCUGCUAUUUCCAUGCCAUGUCUCUGCUCAUUCCAUGUCUCCCCUUUCCAUGUCUCUCCAUGCAAAUCCCAAAGCUUUAGGUACUCUUUAUAUACUGUAUUUUCCGGCGUAUAAGAUGACUUUUUAAUCCAUGAAAAUCUUUUCAAAAGUCGGGGGUCAUCUUAUACGCCGGGGGUCAUCUUAUAAGCUGGUAUAGGGCAUGCUGAAACUUUGGGGACAGGUGCCCUCUAGUUCCAGUUUUGUAGACAGCUUAGAAAACAAACAGCAAGGCAGCUCCCAUGGGUUUAUUGUCUUAUCCUUCCUUUCAACUUUAAGAGUGAAUAAAGAAAAGUUUAAUCCACUUGCACUGUUUUAUGUUUACAUGUUUGAUGACAAACAGCCUUAUGUUUACAAUUGACAGUUUUCCUGAUAGUAUCUGCAUGUCAUAAGCAUUUAAAUUAAAAUUAGCAUAUUGAAAACAAAUCUGAUGUUUUUUAAAUUUUUAAUUGGUGUGCGUUGGAAGAGGUGUAAUCUUAUAUAGCGAUCAUAGCCCUAACCCUAUAUUUUUACAGGAAAGGUAGGGCGUCGUCUUAUACUUAUAUGCCCAGUCGUCUUAUACGCCAAAAAAUACGGUAUAUAAAACUCUUUUCCAAACAUUCAUUUGCAUCUCAAUCCCUUUUACUGAACAAUUAUUGUUUGAUUUCAAGUUGACUUUCCAUUCACAAUGGCAGAAUUACAAAAUGUUAUUCAUUUUCUGAUUUCAGGUAGAAUUUCCAUUCAGAGUGACUGAAAUCGAGCACACAUUCAUUAAUUUAAAACCUGAAGCUCCUCUGCUACUUUUAGGCCGCAGUGGGACAGGGAAAACCACCUGCUGUCUCUAUCGCUUGUUCAAUGAGUUUUUAAAUUAUUGGGAGCUGGCUAAAGAUUUAGGGAGGCCCCAUAUUGAAUGUCUCAGCAGUAAGUUUUAGGAUGAUAACUCUUUCAGUGGGUCGCCAAAAAAUUUUUCCUAAACUUUUAAUAAUGAUAUCUAUUUAAAGUUUCAAUCUAAAAAUAUAAUACAGUGGGGCCUUGGAAUCACAAAUAUUAUUUAUGGCAAAUUUUCACUCAAAAUUCAAACGCUGCUUUGGAAUUUGAACCCCCAGGAUGUUUUUCAUGGGAUUUUCGUGCAUAUAUUUCACCAGCGCUCAUACAACUCGUAUGCUUUGUCUUUCAGUUUGUUGUAAGAAGCUGUAGUGAAAGUAUCAUGUGUUAGUUUCACUGCCAACCGUAUGCUUUUGUAUCUGUUUUGUGUUAUUUUUUAAAUAUUAUUUGCCAUGGGUCCUGAAAAGUAUAGUGAGGAAAAUAAGAGUAAGAGGACAGCUGACACAACCGCAAUUGAAUUUAUAAAGAUGUUUUAUAAAGAUGUUAUCACUAAGCAUUUGGCUGAUUGUGCUUCUAGAUUUGGGAUGCCUAACUUUUUUAUGAUUUUGAUCAAUAAAGUAGUUAUCAAAUCAGGAGAUUGAAAAGUAUAGAAGAGAUUGAAGAAACUCUUCUUAGUUUAGAUUAAUGAAAAACAGCUGGCUGUUGAUGUGAUUUGUGAGAAAACCAAGGUCCCUUACCAAGGUUUAGUCAAAGAAAUGCUUGAAAGUUAGUAGGUGGUGGUUCGAGAACUUUAAGAAAAGGACUGGGCUCCACAGAGUUUGUGGGAUCCAGUUUCGAUUAUUUUAAAGGAAAAAAUUGUCUUGGAACACAAACGAUAUGGAACUCGAUCAUUGGGGGAUUCAGGAACGUAUUAAAUUCAGAUUCCAAGGCCCCACCGUAUGCUUAUUUUUAAUUCAUUAACUCAACAACAGCAUUUGGUUGGCCAUGGCUAAUUUUUUUAACAAAUCAAAACAAUAAAAACAAAAGAUGACCCUCAACUAAUUAUUGCUAGAAUUAGAAAAAAAAAAUAUGCUUCCUCAUAAAUCUGUCAAGACUUUAUAUCUUCAUGCACCCAUGAAUUUUAGCUGUGAAUUAUUGAAUUUUUCACCAGUUACGGAUGAGGCCAACAGUGAUGGCCUGGAAGUUGCAACCCUGGAAUGUGAAGGAAAUGAGAGCCAAAGUAGUGAAGACACAGAUGAGAGUGAUCAUAAUUAUGAACAUCUGCAUCAGGUAAGUGAAUGAAACAUUUUAUCAUAUAACCCAAUUCUGAACCUUUUAUUCUGAAAUAAAGUCAUUGGUGAGUCUAGGAAGUGGUUUUGAAUCUUAUGAGAGGCAUUCAAGAGUUAAAUGUUUGAACCUUAUGAGAGGCAUUGAAGAGUUAAAUGUUUGAAUCUUAUGAGAGGCAUUGAAGGGUUAAAUGUUUGAAUCUUAUGAGAGGCAUUGAAGAGUUAAAUGUUUGAAUCUUAUGAGAGGCAUUGAAGAGUUAAGUUUUAGAAUAUUAUGAGAGGUAUUGAAGGGUUAAGUUAUUGAAUCUUAUGAGAGGUAUUGAGGGGUUAAGUUAUUGAAUCUUAUGAGAGGCAUUGAGGUGUUAAGCUGAGGAAAGAGAUUCUGGGACUUGGAAGACCCAACGUAGCCCUGAUAAUAUUUUUACUUAGAUUUGUAUCUAAGGCCAGGCUCAAACAUAUAACUUUGUCAAUUAUUUGCCAGGCAAGGUUUUAGCCAGGCUAAAUAAAGGACUUCUGGGGUAAAACUUACAUAAUUGAUUAUAAGCAUUUUAUAUAAGGAAAGAGGGGGGAUAAAACUGACCACUUGAUUGUAACAUUUUAUAUUAAGAAAUGGGGGGGGGGGGAUAAAACUGACCAAUUGAUUGUAACAUUUUAUAUAAGGAAAGGGGAUUAAACUGACCAAUUGAUUGUAAACAUUUUAUAUAAGGAAAGAGUGGGGGUGCGGAUAAAAUUGACCAUUCACUGUUUAGUUUCAUAUUCCUUAAUACUCAUAACCGCAGAUUAAUAUUAUUGAAAUAAUUUUUUUAACUUAUAAAAACUAUUUUUAUUAAACAGGAAAUGGUAGGGGCCAUUUAACCACAUAUUCAUAAAGAUCUAAACAUGAAACAUUUAAGAUUUAACACAAAAAUUAGCCCUUAUAGUACUAAACUCACUCAUUCCUGUUGGAAGAUGUCAAUUUCAAAUAAAGGUCUCAUAAACUUUGUUGGACCAAUCAGAAUUCAGCUUUUGUUUUCAGGGUUUCAAGAGAAACCAGAACAUAAUAUAUUUGGGAGGAGAUUAAAAUUGUUGCAAUUUGGAAAAAAUUAUGUUUAAUAUUAAAAACAGAGAGAAUCAGACAUACACAGUCAGCUUUUAUAGUUUUAGAGUUUUUAAAAAAAAACUUGUAUUUUUUGUGUCUGAUUAAUUUCAGAUUUUUGUGACCAAAAACCCAGUUCUGUGCCAGGAAGUGGAGAACAGCUUUGUUAAACUUUGCCAGACUCCUAAAUGGCUGUGUGAUCAAGUGGCUGAGAGAGCAGAGGACAUUCCAAAUCAACUGCAGGCAAGUUAUUAAUUUUUAUAUAAAUUUUAUUUAAGUCAUGACCACAAUGUCCUUGGAAGUAAGAAUAUGAACAUGGCCUGGGAUUAAAAUUUGUGUCCACAAAAAAAUAGCUCUCACAUGACAUCUGCAAGUACAAAAAGGAAAUAAGGAACAUUGUCAUAUGUUUUUAUUCCUUAGUUUACAUAACACAAAAGGAAGUCUUUUUUUGUUAAAAAUUUAUUAUCAUAGUGACACUGUGAAGAAUAUAUCAUUUCUUGCAACACCAUCAUUGAACAGGUAAGAUUGAUAAUCUUUAGGUAAUUUUUUAUAUAAUAUGCUUUUGUUGUUAUUGCAUAAGCUCAUGUGAGAAGCUGUAAAUAAGUGCAAAAUUUUGUAAAUUAGAGUAAAAAGAUUUAUGUGAACUAAAUCUCACUAUAAACUAAAGACAUUGAACAUACCAAUUAUGAUGUUGUAUAACUAUGUUGUUACAUAUCGUUAUUGUUUGGAAGAUUUAAUUUGUGUUAAGGUUUUAGCUCAUACAAUAAAAAAUACGCAACAAAGGACUGAGAAAAACAGUUUGUAAAGAAAACAAUAACAAAGAUAGUGAUACUUACAAUAGUGAAUUUACGUAGUGAUACUUACAAUAGUGAAUUUAAUUAUACAAAUAAAUAUCUAUAAAAAUACGAAUUCGAGUUCACAAGCACAAAUAAACUGUGUCAACUUACAGCAAGUCAAAUAUGCCUACUCCUCAAAAUAAAAAUAUGAAUUUACACACACAAUAAUGUUACAUCUUGUACAGCAAAAAUUUCUGUUCACUCUCUUUAACUGUCUAACGCUAUCUGUUUCACUCUAUCUAUCUAAGUCUCACUGCUAAGAAAGUACACAGCUUCUAUGUGUAUGAACCAACUCAGAACGUUCUGGUACAGAAAUUCUCAAAAUUGCUUUACCUAAUGACAUUCUUGAGACAAAAUGAACAGAUUUGAAUGUCAACAACUAUUUCCCAGCCAAGGCAGGGGCAGGUAUGGAAGGAGUGACACAGGUACAUAUGCUCAGUGAUGUCAAUAUCAAGGCCAUACUAAUGAAACAAGUCUAAGAGGUGUUGGCUAAAAAUAAAUUUGUGUUGCAUUGAAAAACAAGCCAGAUGCUAUAAUAGGUUACACCUAACAAUGUGCACCUAGAUCUUCAGUAUACCUUACCACAUGAUAAUUUUUUUUUUUUUACGUACACAAGAAAAUUCUUGUACAUGUUUGUGUAAGCAAUGAAACAAAUGUAAACAAUUCAUAAGUCAAGUUAAAGUCAUGUUUAAUAAUUAUUGGUAGUCCUAAACUACACAGAAGGUAUACUGUGCUAAGCACUAAAUUCCUCUGACAAUAUGAAAAAACAAGAUACAAUGAUUUGCUUAAAAAGGGCGGGGGUAAAUGUUUUUGUUUUAAAACUAGCAGCAUACCCUCCAUCUUACUGUAUAGAACUGUGGUUAAGUAAAAUAUUAGCAGUUGCCAAUUUCCUUUACUUUUGCUGAUAAAACCAUUCUAACUGAAGAAACACAUUGUGUAACUAGCAGCUAUUUCCCUUCCACAGGAAAUGAAAGAUAACUCCUUCCCCCUGUUCCUGACAUCCAGACAUUUUUUACUUAUCCUUGACGCUUCUGUUGAUGGGCAAGCAUUUUUUCCUCGAGAUGAAGACCUGGGGAUGAAACUGUAUAUGCCUGGCUGGGAGCCACAGGAAGAUAUUUUCAACAUUGGUCAGCAAUUACAUAGAAUGAAUGCAAGAGGUUUCCAAAAUGGUCAGUAAAUGAUCAUUGCUUAGUAUUGUAACAAAAUGACAGUACUCAAUUCACUCAUCUCUUUGUGUUCAGAAAUAAAACAAAUUUUUAGGACAACUGAAUCUGUUAGGGUCCACACACGCUUCACUAUUAAAAAAUUAUUCGAUGCCUAUAAAUACUUUUAAAUAUUAUAGUGUAUCUUUGUGUAUUGAAAUUUUUUAAAGUAUAUAAAAAUACUAAAAAAAAAAUACUGAAGUAUAUCCUUGGUGCACAAGGAUAUACUUCAGUAUUUUUUAAAAGUAUUUUUAUAACCAAAACUAUUUAUAAAUUUUAAAAUGUUUUUAAGUAAUAAAAUAAUUUUUGCGUAACACAUUUAUUGUUUUUUUUUUUUUUUUUUAACCAAAACUAUUUAUAAAUUUUAAAAUGUUUUUAAGUAAUAAAAUAAUUUUUGCGUAACACAUUUAUUGUUUUUUUUUUUUUUUUAAAUACUUCUGAUAAAAAUACUAUAGUGUAUCUUUUUUGCCACAAAUUUUAAAUUUAAAUAAAAAUUAAUUACAGCACCAAGAGCACAGAGACAAGCAGAUCCAAGAAGGGAGAGUACUUAUGAAAUUUUUGCUCAUGUGAUCUGGCCUAAAAUAAAUAAAGAGGUAGUAGACUAAAAUUAUUAUGAAAGAAUAGAUAUGUAAAAAACAUUCAAUAUAUAAAUAUACCAUACACAUGAUACCUACAUAUAUACAAUAUAUAAAAUACUGACAUAAUUUUACACAUUUUCUAACAAAUACCCUUACGUUUUACCAGAGCACCUUCCAUCCAUUACUGGUUUGGACAGAAAUCAUGUCAUUUAUAAAAGGAUCCUAUGAAGCCCUGGAAUGUUCAGAAGGUUACCUCAGCAGGGACCAAUACAUUUCUAUUGGAAGGAAAAGAGCCCCAAACUUUGAUGGUGACAGGCCUCUCAUAUAUGAAAUAUUUCAACGUUAUCACAAGUACUCAAAACAGAAUCAUUUAUUUGAUGAGGCCGAUGUUGUUUUUCAUAUCUAUGGAAGGCUCAAGAAAACCGUAAGCAUAGAUGACAGCUCAUUCCUUGUUUUUAAAAAAAUUAAUUUAGAAGAGCCCUCUUGCCUCUCUUUUUUAAGGGAAACAGUUUCAAAAAGUUUUAGUCCAUAUUUGGCCAUUAAAUUAUAAUAAUCUGGCCGUAUUAUUCUUCUUUCUUCUUUCAGUCAAAUGGAAUUAUUAUUCAUUUAGUUAUGGGUUUUUUUUAAAAUAUAUUAUAAAAUGUUUAAUUUUGUUUCCGCAAACUUUUGUUAAAGUAUGCAAAUUGAAUUUCUCAAAAUCAUGUUUAAAGUUAUAAUUAUUUAUACAAUAAUUCUGGAUCUUGUUCCAAUGAUUUCACAGUCAGGGAACAUCUACUGGAGUCCCCACAACAUUUACAUCGAUGAAACCCAGGACUUUUCCCAAGCAGAGCUGGCCCUUCUGGUGUCAUUAUGUCGUGAACCCAACAAGAUGUUCCUUGCUGGGGACACUGCCCAGAGCAUCAUGAAAGGAAUAUCAUUUAGGUUUGCUGACUUGAAGUCCAUAUUUUUCCAUAGGACUCACCAGACAACGGUUGGACAAUCCCAAGUGAAAGUUAGUGUAGAAUUUUCAGUCUUCUUGCUCUUUGGUUUAUUUUCUCCUAGUUAAGUCACCAAUUCUUCCCAUUUAUCUCUGUUCUGAGCUAUUACUUUAAACUCAUUCCACUUUUUGCCAUUUCUCUCACUCAAUCCUUGCGUGUGUCCCUUGGUCUUUAACUUUAUGUGUUACCCUGUGGAUACUAUGGCAAAGACUGUUGAGUAAUAUUGAAUUUUGCUUUCCUUAGUAUACAGUCAAUCCAUCUAAAAAAAAAUCCAUCACCAUAGUAAAUACAAUUCCAAUGGUCUUUGAAUAUUAAAUUUUCACUAGUUUAGAUUUUGACAGCAGACCAAAAAACCCAUCAAAUUCCAUUACCUGUCUAAGUUUACAAAAGGAAACUGAACAAAUAAUGUUUUGGAUUUUACGUUUUGUUCAAGUUUGUAAAUUACCAGGUAACCCAUUUAUAAAUAUAUUAAUUAUUGCCUAUUAAAUUUAACUAAACAAGGGAAGAAAAAGAAAAGCAGAAAAAGAUAACAAGGAAUUACAAAAUUAUUUUUGUAGCAAAGUUGUUUUAAAAUAAAUGCAAAUUGGAUUGUAAUGUAUUACACUGUUUAAGACUACAAAAAAAAAUUCAAUGUGAAAAGUUUUUGUCUCCCCCUCAGAAGCCUGACAAAAUUCGACAGCUGCGACACAACUAUCGAUCUCACACAGGAAUUCUUGCCCUUGCCUCUGCUGUCCUUGACAUCAUUAUGGAACUAUUUCCUGAAACCAUUGAUAAACUUGAAAAAGACCAGGGAAUGUUUGAUGGACCAAACCCUGUCAUUAUUGAGACUUGUAAACCAGGUUAGUGAUAACAAACCCUGUCAUUAUUGAGACUUGUAAACUAUGUUAGUGAUAAGAAACCCUGUUAUUAUUGAGACUUGUAAACGAGGUUAUUGAUAACGAACCCUGUCAUUAUUGAGACUUGUAAAGUAUGUUAGUGAUAACAAACCCUGUCAUUAUUGAGACUUGUAAACCAGGUUAGUGAUAACAAACCCUGUCGUUAUUGAGACUGGGAAAGCAAGAGUAACAAACCUUGCACAUGCACCCCUCUACACAUACAACCCCACACUCACACAAAACUCCCUACCCACACCUGCACACACUUCUGUAUAUAGCUAUCACUGCUAUAGGUUUUAUAUUUGAAAAAACAAAAAAACAAAUUUGAUUUACAGGAAUUAAAUAUAACUUUAAAACUCGUUUAUAACUUUUCAAAAGAGAUUUUAUUUGUUUAUUAAAAUCUUCCGAAAAUGUUAUCAAUAAAAAUUAAAUUCAGCAUUAUUGGUCGAAGUUAUCAUUAGUGUGAAUUGUUAUUGUUGACAUUUCUAACAUGGCUUUUUUUACAUAUGUACAGAGGACUUAGCUCUCCUUUUGAAAGGCAACACAAGGGACACAACACCUAUUGAGUUUGGAGCCCACCAGGCCAUUUUAGUAGUUGAUGAUGAAGCGAAAAUGAAUCUGCCCCCAGAGCUGAGGGACGGAAUUGUUUUAACCAUCUACGAAUCUAAAGGCCUCGAGUUUGAUGACGUACUCAUCUACAACUUUUUCAAACAUUCCCAGGUUCUUUAUUUGAAUUAACUUUAGUAAUUUUAUUUUUAUACAAAAAUACAAAAAUAAAAUUAACAUUAAUUUGUAUAAUUUAAUUAAACAGAUCACUAAAGUGAUUUUCAAGUUCUUCAAUUUUUUUGCUGUUUUUAAAGGCAUUAAAAGAGUGGAGGGUUGUGACUGCAUUUCUAAACGAGAUGGAUAAAGAAAUGAAGAAGCCAAGGAAUCAUGAGACUAGAUCUGAGAGUUUAGUUGUUCUCAACCAAGGUGAAACAUUAUAG